CUCCUUUUGAAGGGUAAGGGGGCGUGUCUUCACAUCACGUGACUCGUGGCCCUCUGGAUUACGGUGAGUGAGGGACAGUUGUAGCGUCUGAUCCUGGGAGGAGGAUCUGUGACUGACUACAACCAGCAGCAGCCACAUUAAUUGUAUGGAGCAGAGCUGGAUGUAUCAAUCACUGGGAUUAUAGCAGACAGACUGCUUCCUGUAGCUUCCUCCAAUGCCAUCAGCAGGGCUUAUUCACUAAAGGGGGCAUUAAGGAUAAUUAACCAGGAAAUGGGCAAUAUUGCUGAAAAAUAUACAACUUUCUAUUGAAAGGGAAAUAAUGGCAACACACACACCCACACCUGGAGCUGUAACAGGCAUUAAUAAAUCAUCACAACAGGCCCAACACUUUAAAAGGACACUUUAAUUUUAGGAGUGUGAGUGGGAAAGUGACCCCUGAAGUUGUAGGUAAUUUAUUAAUAACAAUGUAUGUAACUAAAAUGGAAUUGAGAACAAGAACAGAGUAUCACAUUUACCCAAACUUAUUUCUAAACACAUUUAUUGUAGUUUAUUGGACACUAUAGUCACCAGAACUAUCACAGCUUAAUGUAGGGGUCUUGGUGUCUAUAGUAUGUCCCUGCAGUGUAAACACUGCCUUUACAUAGAGAAAAAAAAAACUGUUUAUACUGCUGGCUAGUAACACCUGUAGUCGCAGUCACUCAGACGGCCACUAGAGGUGCUUACUAGUCUAGUGCAGCACUGUCAUUCGGCGUCUCCACCCUCUGCAUGGAGGCGAUAAAUGUUCCCCAUAGAGCUGCAUCGAUUCAAUGCAUAUCUACGAGCAGAUACUAUUUUACUAGGAAAGCAUUAGAUUGGCUGAGAUCAUCAAGAUUAAUUAUCUCAGCCAUGGAGGCGGGGUCAUCCACAGUAAAAAAAAAAAAAGGGGAGGAGAGAGAAAAGGUGAGUAAAAACAAUCUCAACAAAGAGGGGACGGGGGAACCUACUUGAUUUAUUCCAGCACUGUAAUGUUCCUUUAACCCCUUAAGACCGGAGGGCGUACUAUUACGCCAUAUUUUAGGCGGCUCUAAAUGCGUAAUAGUACACCCUCCGGUCUUUCUUUACUUACCGACCCCCUGGCAGCCCCCCCGGCCAUGUGACAGUGAGGUCCUUUCGAGGACCUCACAAUCACAUGGCAGGGAUAGCUUCCUCCUGCAUUGCCAGCAGGGGGACUGCCUGUAAUGACAGGUGGUCCCCCUGCUGGCUGGAAAUAAAAUUUAAAAAAGUUAAAAAGUGUAAAAAAUAUAUAUAUAUAUAUAUAUAUAUAUACAUACAUACACUGUCUAGGUGUAUUUUACUAUUAAUAAAUAUAUAUAUAUAUAUAUUAAUAUCAAAUUACACGUAGAUUGAUAUUGAUUAAAUAUAUAUAAUUAUUAUGUAUAUAUUUAUAUAUAAUAUAAAAAAUAAAUAUGUAAAUACGUUAAAAAAAUAAAAUUAAAAAAUAUAUAGAUGUGUUAUUUCGUUCUAACUGUAUUGUGAUUAAUAUAUAUAUUUAUAUCAAAAUACAUGUAGAACGAAAUAAUAUAUAUAUCUAUAUACAUAAAUAUAUACGUAUAUAUCACUAUAUAUACCUAAUAUAUAAAUAAAAAUAUUUUUUUAAAAUCAUAUACAUAUAUUAAUUCUACAUAUAUAUUUAUGUAAUAUUUUUACAUAAUUAGGUAUCUUAAUUAAUUACAAUUAGCGGGACCUGCCUGACAACCCAUGCCGAAAGUAAAGGGAAUUUAAUUUGCUAGCACUAUAUUUAACCCUAUAACUUUCCAAGACACCAUAAAACCUGUACAUGGGGGGUACUGUUCUACUCGGGAGACACUAAAACAGUAAAAUGUGUUACAACGAUGAUAUCACCAGUAAAAGUGAUGUUUUUUUGAAUUUUUCACGCACAAACAGCACUUACACGGACGAUAUUAUUGCUGGGAUACUUUUUACUGUUUUGAAACACAAUUAUUUGGUGUUCAGCAAAGUCUCCCGAGUACAACAGUACCCCUCAUGUACAGGUUUUAUGGUGUUUUCAAAAGUUACAGCGUCAAAUAUAAGGCUUGUGUUUCAUUUUUUUCACAUUAAAAUUCGCCAGAUUGGUUACGAUGCCUUUGAGACCCUAUGGUAGCCCAAGAAUGAAAAUUACCCCUAUGAUGGCAUACCAUUUGCAAUAGUAGACAACCCAAGGUAUUGCAAACAGGGUAUGUCCAGUCUUUUUUAGUAGCCACUUAGUCACAAACACUGGCCAAAAUUGGCGGGUUUUUUUGCAUUUUUCACACACAAACAAAUACUAACGCUAACUUUGGCCAGUGUUUGUGACCAAAUGGCUACUAAAAAAGACUGGACAUACCCCAUUUGCAAUACCUUGGGUUGUCUACUAUUGCAAAUGAUAUGCCAUAAUGGGUGUAAAUUUCUUUCCUGGGCUACUAUAAAGUCCCAAAGGCAACGUAACCAAUCUGGCGAAUUUCAAUUUCAAAUGUAACGUGCUAUAUUUGACCCUGUAACUUCCCAAAAUGCCAUAAAACCUGUACAUAGGGGGUACUGUUUUACACGUGAGACUUUGCAUAAUACAAAUAUAUGUAUUUUAUUGCAGUAAAAGCAAACAGUAUUAUGACAUUGACCGUUAAAAUGUCAUGUAGAACUAAAAAAAUCAAAACAAAUAUUUUCUCCCAUUUUUUUCAUAUUAAAUUAUGUUUCAUAGCUAAAUAUGUGAUAUUAAAUGAAAGCCCUGUUUCCCCUGAUAUAUAAUAAGGGUGGGUGCAUUUAAUAUGAAAGAGGUGAAUUACAGUUGGACAGACGUAGCGCAAAUGCCAGGUUUUGUUUAUGUUUUGUUUUGUUCACAACGUGUACAUUUGGCUCCAUCCUUGAGGGGUUAAAGACACUGUGAGUAUUCUAGUUGUACAUUCAGAAACACCAACAUACUAGAAAAUAGGGACAUUGGGAUAGAAAUUAGGGAUUUGAGCACAAAAUAGGGACACUUGGGAGGUAUGGGUAUAUCCACUCUGUUUGUUUUUUCUUAAAGGUGCUGCAGUGAUUGUGGUUCCAGGAGUGCUCAGUGCUCCCCAUUGUAAGUAGUCAAACCAUUUGCUAAUGGUUUGACCUCUUACCUGGUGUAAUCCGGUCACAGUUUCAUCCCUCUCCUAUUCCAGUCCAGGGACCUGGAAGCUCCUGCUAGGGACUUCUGUUAGCACCCCUGAGCUAAGCCCUGCAAUACAAGGCCAACUCAGUGGCUAAGAACGUGUCAGCUGAUUGUUCCCAGCCAAUGAGCUAAGUCCUGUAUCUCCGGGCUUGGCUCAGAGCAGAGAGCUUCUGGCUGCAGAGAGGCUGGAAACGGCUACUAGAAGAUGCAGAGUAAGAAGUCAGACUCUUAUCAAAAUGUUAUUAUUGAGGGUACUGCUGGCACCAUAACCAGAACUUCGCACUGUAGCAAUUAUGGUGCUUGAAGUGUUACUUUAAUGUACAAUUUCCUGAUCAACAAUUCCCAGUUUAGUGUAGAAACCCCAUAAUUUGUCUUUAUCCGAAUUAUCACAAAUUAGCUGCCAUUUUAGCUUGCCAGAAACAUUCUCGUAAAACAACCAAGAAUAUCUUUCACCCUCUCAUCUAAAAUAUUUAAGCAAAAAGUUGAGUUAAAGGGUUACUCCAAUUCUUUCUAAAUAUAUGUUCUUAAAUUUCAAUGCCCUAUGGGACAUUACGAGCAGUUAGGUUCUCCCCUUUUUAAACUUUAAAAAAAAGUAUAAACUUACCCUGGCAUGCAGUGCUGGCCAAAGCUAUUUUUGCUGGAUUCCACGCCCCAUCUGAUGUCACAGAAUACUUCUCAUGGACCAAUCAAAUGCCUCUCAUAGGCUCAGAGUGCAUGCAAAGGGAGGAAUUAUUUGGGGGGAGGAAGAAACUGCAUGCUGGCAAUAGAUAUACAAAUAUAGCUUUCCCCUCCCAUUCUUUCUCCUAGUUUGUGCUCACUCCCACCUCUCUUCAUAGCACAUUGGCUUAUUUUAAAAUCAAAACAACCUCCCCUCCUCCUUUUUCCCACUUUUUAAUGAGAAGCCUGUGAUUGAACCGCACGCAUCCCCUGUGAAGUCGGGAGAAUUUGCACAGAAUUGAUAUUCUUGAUCUUGAAACUCUUAAGUCAUGUGUACGGAGUUGUGUAACUAUCCGCUGGUAACUAAAGUGAAAAUAUCUCCAGAUGUGCAGUGCUUCUAGUUGCAGCAUGACCACUUCUUAAAGUAGCAGUGCCCAUGGUGGUUGGAGUAACCCUUUAAAUAAAUAUUAAAUGAGGUUACCCAGACCCCCACUCUGUUCACCAUGAAUGGCCCAGUUGCGUCUCACUGCAUUUUCUUCACCCAAUAGGCAGCAGUGUUAAAGGACAUACUAGUUUUUAUGAAAAAUAUAUUUUAUGAAAUUCUACAGCAGUCAGAUGGAUUUUGUCUUGUAUACAGCCUGAUAUUUGGCAAAAAAUGGGAGAAAUUCCAUGACCAAAUCCUGACAGUUUACAUCAGCCCUUGUUUGCCAUAAAUAUUCACCUUCUUGUGUGAUGUACAGUAGAUGUUAUCUUAUUACAUAUUCAAUAGAUCUAUGUAAAGUCUUGUGGGAUCAUUCAUACACCCCACAUGUGUACUGUCUUUUGUGUAUAAUCUUCUGACAGGUGUAACUUUUGUUUUCUCAAGCUAUUUUCUAGCCAAGACCUUUCUGGCCCCUCUAAUGCUACUUCGCAUUACUCCUUCUCAACCUUGGACAGCAUGGAUAAGCUGCAAAUGCUGUGCUAAAGUGCCCCCACUAACCGCUUCCAAUUGUUGUCCAAGGUUGGGUGGAUAAUGCUGACGUGAAACUAACACUUUAUCUUAGAGUCAUUAGAGGAGCUAGGCCUUGUGAGCAGGCAAACCCUUGCUUCUUGCUAAAUCAGAUAUAAAACUAGGGGACUGUAUUCAAAGAUUCUUUUCCUCUUAAAGGGUUUCUCCAACCUCCAUGACCACUUCUGCUUUUAGAAGGAAUCUGUAUGCUUCAAACACUGUGCAUACUGAUUUAUUUGUUCUUUUUUACUGGGGUAGUUACACCCCUGGGCAGCCGGAACUUUCUUUAGCUUGUGGUCAAAAGGGGAUCCACCUCUUAUUUUGUCUGGCAUAUUGCUGCCCAAUGAACACAUGGCAGAUGCAAAAACAAAUGUGAGAAAGGCUGAACUUAAAGGAUGCAUGUCUCGUCAGCUAUGUAACUAUGUAUGUAAGACCCAAAUGUGGGACUUACACAUCAUGGCUCCCACAGUACAGCUGUUGCCUAUAUACAGGGUUACAGCAAGCUAUUCCCAUAUGUGUGGCGCAGAGACUUCAGGGAAGUCAGUAUAAGCAAGAGUCAUUGGGGAGCUUGAAACCAGCUAAUAAGCUAAAUUACCUUCAUUGUGUGUGCCUUUUCAGAAGCCAGUUGCUAUCUCAGACUGUAGUUUUAUGAAUUGAAAUAAAGACAUGUUGAAAAAAUAUAUAUUAAUAACAUGAGUAAUAGUUUCAUUGUAUGUGCUGCGUUAAAAAUAAUCUGAUCAUUAAAGCGGCACUGUCAACCCCAAACAUCCCCCUCCCUUAUGAAAUACUUAUAUUGACUGUGUUCGGAUUUCUUUGAAAUUCUAACCCAGUUAAAAGAUAUGCUUUGUCUCUGGAUUUUUCUUAUGCCUGACCGUUCUAGAUACUGGGUGGAGCCACCGUCGUGAAGAAGUAUCAAGAAGAAGAUAGCGGCGCACUCGAGGAACAUAUUUGGGUUAGUUAAAGGGACACUAUAGUCACCAGAACAACUAGAGCUUAAAGGAACACUCCAGGCACCCAGACCACUUCUGCCCAUUGGAGUGGUCUGUGUGCCAACUCCCAUCACCCUUAAUCCUGCAAGUGUAAUUAUUUCAGUUUUUAUAAACUGCAAUAAUUAUCUUGCAGGGUUAAGUCCUUCUCUAGUGGCUGUUAACAGAAUUCCGUGUUCUUAACACACGAAAAGUGUUUUAAACAACGCUGGAUGUGCAUGAGGACCUCCAGCGUCGCUGAAAUCCCCACAGGAAAGCAUUGAAUAAUUGCCAUUGCCGCGCAUGUGCAUUAGGUCUCCCCCGCCUGACCCAGCGCAGAGGGACAUCAGUGAUGGAUUCAGGUAAGUCACUGAAGGGGUUUUAACCCUUUCAGCAACAUGGGGUGGGAGGGAGAGGGGCACUGCAGGGUUCUGCAGUGCCAGGAAAACGGAUUUGUUUUCCUGUCACUUGAGAGUCCCUUUAAUGUAGUUGUUCUGGUGAGUAUAACCAUUGCUUCAGGCAUUUUCGUGCAAACACUGCCUUUUCAGAGAAAAGUUAGUGUUUCUAUGGCCACUAUGGACACCUCCAAGUGGCCACUCCUCAGAUGGUUUCCACUGGAUGCACUUCCUGGGGCAGUGCUGCACAGUAGGCAGCACUGUCGUUCAGCGUCUCCACGCACUGCAUGGGGGCACUGAAUUUUCCUCAUAGAGAUGCAUUGAUUCAAUGCAUCUCUAUGAAGAAGUGCUGAUUGGCCAAAACUGCGUUUGGCCCUGCCCCCAUCCCGCCUCCUUGCCGAUUUUAGCUAAAAAUCAGGAAUUCUGAUGAUGUCAGGUAAAUAAGGUGAGUUUUUUUUAAUACCUUUUAAAGGGGGGGAGGGGGGGGGGGGGAAGCCACCUAAAUGGUGCGUUUGACACUAUAGGGUCAGGAAUACAUUUGUGUUCCUGACCCUAUAGUGUUCCUUUAAUCUCACAGUUGCUGCCCACCACGAUCCCCCAGCGGCAGUGUCACCAAUGUCUCCAGACAGUGAGGUGACCGUGCCGCUUUAAAGGGACACUGUAGGCACCCAGACAACUUCUGCCCAACUCUUAACCCUGCAACUGUAAUUAUUGCAGUUUUUUAUAAACUGCAAUAAUUACCUUGCAGGGUUAACUCCACCUCUAGUGGCUGUCUAGUAGACAGCCACUAGAGGGCACUUCCUGGAUUAUAGCACAGAAAACCUGUGCUAGAGCGUCGCUGGACGUCCUCACACUGUGAAGACCUCCAGCGUCGCUCAAUUCCCCAUAGGAAAGCAUUGAAAAACAUUUUCAAUGCUUUCCUAUGGAGAGCUGUAAUGCGCAUGCGUGAUCAGUCUCGCCCACCGGCUGACGUAAUUACUGGGAGGAGCGGUGGCGAGCAGAAACCACCGCCGAGGGACAUCGGCGGGGUCUCAGGUAAGUGACCUGAAGGGGGUUUCACCCCUUCAGCUACCAGGGAAUGGGGGGUGGGAGGGAGAGGGGACCUGCAGUGCCAGGAAAACUGAUUAUUUUCCUGGCACUGAAGUUUCCCUUUAAGGCAACAUUUAUUUUUGUAUAAAUGCUCACCGAUUCAUCUGAUCCUACUCACUUUGGUUAUGUGACGUGGACACCAGGUGGUGCUGUGUCUUUAUGUAUAGACUUCGAUAUUCAAAACAUGAGUUAACUGACUGCAAUUUCCUCGAAAUGGCCCAAAUUUUUAAAAUAAUUUUGGAUAAACUUUUAAAAUUAUUUAGUAUUAUGAAUAUAUUUUACUCUUGAUAUAUUAAUAAUUUAUUUUAUAUGUGAUAUAUUUUAAUAUGUUGGAAACAUUAUUUUAAAAGUUUAUUCAAAAAUAUUAAAUAAUUUGAAAAGCUUAUUCAUCAAUUUGAAAUCGAGGCCUAUGUCCCCCUGCUUUAUUAUUAAUUUAGCGUCACACAGUGGGGGCACGGAGGGGACACUGUUUCCCCCUCACCCCGCUUUAUUAUUUAUUUGUAGUCAAACUGGGGUGUAUAGGGGAUCUGUGUCAGGUUCGUCUUUAGUGGAUUAGCAACUGGGUAGCAAUAAUCACUGGCUCCUUGCUGUUUAGUAGACAUGCUGUAACCCAUGGCAUGAUGGAUUGUAUUUGUUAUUUUUAACCUGUGUUUGGAUUGGGGAAUAAGGUCUGCUUCCCGUUGCUUUCAUUUUUGACCCCUCACUCAUUAAGUGUGAGGUAAUAAAUCAAAGCGGUUGUCCACAUUUUAAUUGGUAUGAAUUGUUUUUUUUUUAUUUUCUGACAAAACGAUUCAGAAAACAAAACGAAACUCCAUCUGUGCACAAGUCUACUCGUGUAUAUCUUCUUUGCUGUGUGAAACAUGGCGUUUUGUGCUCACAUCUAAUAAGCACAAUUAGGCUGUAAAAGUAAUCACACAUAUAAAACAAGGUUUGAGUGUAUGAAAGGAGAUUCUAUUCUUAGUCACACUCGUCUGUGAUUCCUUUCACUUUAUUUGGCUGAAUUUUUAAGCCAGAUGGAAUGAAAACUGGUUUGUAGUGUUCCAGCUCUCUCGGGGCUAAAAGGGCUUCUUAAAAGAAAGAAAGUAAUUGUUUCUCACACAUUUACAAUUUCUGGGUAUUCACUGAUUCAGAGUCUGGUGAAGGGUGGCAACUUACUGGAGUCUUUUUAUAACAUAAAUAGCUAAAAACCUCCCCGUUACUUGUUCGAAAACUACAAAUCCUUUGAUGCUAUGGGUGAUCCUUUAGACUCCUAAGUGUAGUAGUUCUAAAACCACUAAAGUGCUGCUAGUUGCCACCACUGACAGACCACCAUUACUCAUUCUUGUGUAAACCGGCAGGAACUUAAAGAGAAAUUAAAAUUUAAGGUCACGAUAGCCAAAUUGGGAAGAUUAUUCAUGUCAGCUCUGAUUUUAGUUUGGCUGCUUUCACUAUAUGUAGCUGAUGCCUGAAUUUUAGGGGAAAAAGUCAACCCCUCAAAUAUUGUCUGGUUUUCUUGUAGAGCUGUGCCAUAUCACUUGUUACUAUGGGGUCAAAUGUAUUUAGUUAUAUAAGAAUGGGGAUCUGCAGUUGAUGGAUAACUCUUAACUUAACUCCUACUUUUGAGUGGGUCAUUCCAAAUUCAAGAUCCUGUCUAGCCUUCGCUGUGUGUUACCUGGUGUCUGACAUUUGGGGUUACCAGGGAAAUCUUUCCAAUCAGCAAGCUUAUCAGUAGGCAAACUUACAUUACGCAAGUUUGAGAGCUCUUCAAAAAAUUGUCCUUCAUAUGCGCAGCCCUUAGUGGGACUGGCUAGUAAGUCUUAUAGUCUGUCUCCAAUUUUUUGGGCAGAGUUGUGGUGAUGAAAAUCUUGUUAUUGCCCCCAUAGGGAUCUUUAGUGCCACCAGACCAGGGUGGACCAUUUCCAACAUAUCAAUAGAUGUGCACAUUUGUUCAAGCACCUGACUUUAUUGCCCUAUUGGGGCAAUUAUCAUGAAGAAAGUUGGACCAGGCACAUAUAUAUGGUGUUUAUACAGAAACUAUUGGAAAACCAUAUGGUCUGCUUAACCCCUUAAGGACCAAACUUCUGGAAUAAAAGGGAAUCGUGACAUGUCACACAUGGCAUGUGUCCUUAAGGGGUUAAACACCAUCUAUAUGUGCCCGGUCCAUCUUUCAUGAUUAUUGCCCCAAUAGAGGCCUCAGUAAGGUGUGAAUAGGGCUAUGGCCAUGGUAUUACUGCAAUGGCCUUGUGGAGCCUUUCCUGUGUAUAUUCAGCAGCUGCAAGACAAUUAAAGGGGAGUAGUCACUUCUUGGAAACUUACUUAAAAUAUUGUUUCACUUGUAUUAACUUUUUUUCUUCUCUUUAAAAUUUCCCACACAUAGUCGAUUCACCCCCAAACAGUGAUAAACAUGAGCCAACUCCUAUAGCAAUAAACACAUAGAAGUUGACAAGUAUAGGUAAUGAGUACUGCAUACCUUGACAACACCCCCCCCUCCCCCCCCCCCUAUCUUCCCCUUCACUACCCCUUACUAUGUUUUAUUAUGUUAUUAUUAUGUUAUGAUAUAUAUAUAUAUAUAUAUAUAUAUAUAUAUAUAUAUAUAUAUAUAUAUAUAUAUAUACACAUACAUAUAAAAGGUGCACCGGUUUCAAUGAACUGGCAUCCUACUCGUUGUAGGACCACAUAAGGUCAUGCACUGUAGAUGUUUACAACGAAAAAUUGACUUGAUGAACCUGUAUGCAAUUCCUCUGACAAACAAUUGCAUAUGUGACACAAUAUGUGAUAUCAACAAUAACCAAUGUCAAAGAGAUACCUGAUGUAACAUGCACCGCUUCAAAACUAUAAAUAAAAAAAAUAAAAAUAAAAUUCCCUUUAAUCCUGACAAUGUGUGUAAAAAUAUGUUGUGAAUUGUAUCAUUUGAAUUCCGGUUGAUAAUGUGUUUCCCGAUCUGACAGAUGAUUCUAACUCAGAUUGCGAAUCCGGCUUUCAGAUCUCGAAUCUGGGCUCGUCCCACAAGUUGCAGAUCCUUCUGGGGGUGGUUGAACGCCGUGUUUAACAGGUAAGGAACGCAGCCUAGUAGUACUAUCUAACCAAGCUAAAUUGCCUUGUUCUGUUUCUAUACUGGUAGAUAAUGGUAGAAAUGCUGGCGAAUAUUCUUAUAUCGCAUGGAAAUAAAAGCAACCUUGUGCUCAAAAUGACAUGACAAGCAUUACAGAGUUUUGCAUAUAGUGCGCUAUAACAUGGUCGAGUUUUAAAUGUGGAACAGUAAGAAGAAACUGUAGGAUCUCUUUGUUUACAUUCAUUUUCAUAGCAAUACCUCAACUUUUAGCAAGCACUUAAGCUAAUAGACUCAAUAUAAUUUUCUGUUUCACAUACCUGGAGAUUUUCAUUAAAGGGACACUCCACUGCCAAAAUACAAAAACAAAUCUCUGUUUGAUAGAUUUACACCCAAUAAAAACACGCAUGCUUGCGGAGGUUUGGGCAACAUGGCCGACAUAUGGUGGUAUUGCCCAAGACUCACUAAAUACUGGAAAAUGAUACACGACUUGAUCAUCAAGCUGGACAGUAACAUAGAUAUUAGCUUUAUUCAAAAAAUUCCCCGAAUCCGUCAACAGAAUUAAUAGAAUAAUAAUAGGCCACAUUCUGAUAGCUGCUACUACAUGCUUGCCUAACUACUGGGAAACUAAACACACCCCCUCAAUUAAAGAAGUACUACAGUUGACACUAGAAAAUAAAUCAUACAAAUUAUCUCACAGAAGCAACUCACACAUAUUUGCACAAUUAAAAUAUCACUGGGAUCAAUGGGAAACCGAUGUUAAAAAACUUAUAAUUUGUAAUGACUUGCUAUGGAGUAUUAUUCAAUUUAUAUGCUUUGUACAUUAAUGUACUUAUUGUUAUAAUGGAUGGAUAGCCUCAUUUCCCACUUCCAAGUUUUUCCCUUCCUCCCCCUACCCUCAUUAUACUGUUAUUAUAAUUUGUUGUAAACUUUGCAAAAAUAUUCAAUAAACACAAUUUGAAAAAACAAACAAAAACAAAACAUGCAUGCUUUUAAAUAUGAAGUUUGACAUUGGAGGUAUAUCUAAAAACAGCUUGCAAAAACUGCUCAUCUCUUGUCUGAAACCUGUGCAAGCCCUUUCCUUCUAACCCCACCCAGACUUAUUGUGGUUGUCCAAUUACAGACUUGGCCUCCGAUUCGAACUGCAUGUAUAUUUUACUCCAACUGAAGUGACAGACAUUGCUUGGCAGGUGUAAUGCCUCCAGUGCUGCCAUUUUUGUUUGCAGUUAAUACAAAUUCUCCUAAAUACUGUUUGGUUUUUUCUCUAUUUGUUUUGGCACAAUAUGCUGGUAUAGGAGAUUUACAGACAGAUAAAAUAUACCGUACUAGCAAAUUGCUGAAACGAAACAUUUCGAGAUGGAGUGAUGAUCGGGAGAUUGGAGCAAUUGUUAUUGUAUGCUGGCUGAGCCUAAUGGGAAUGCAGUCCCCCAAACAUCUGCACUGCCAACCAUUACUGGCACAGAACAAAAAUGUUUUUGUUUUUUUUGUGAAUAUAUUUUUAUUGAGGUUUUCAAGUUUUCAAUUUGUCAGAUAUCUUUGAGCAAGCUUCAGUUAGGACACGCAGGUCCCGUCAGUGUGAAACAUUAACUAUCAUUUUGGGAAGCGUUGUUCGGCCAGUUAUACGUUGGUGACACGCAGGUCACAGCAUGGCACGUAUAGUUUCCCUUUCUCUCACUUUUAUUUAUUUAUUUAUUUUCUAUUUGUAAACAUUUUUAUGGAAUAAUUUUCAACGUUACUUCGAAAAAAAAAAAAAAACAGUAGGAACUCACGGGUCCCAUAUGAAUAUUGUGUGUUUGUUUAACUAAAUGAGACACAGUGCAUCUUAACAUAGUGCAUCUUAACAUAGUGUGGUGACACGCAGGUCACUUAUGAGAGCUGAUGGCAGAGACAUAAUGGACUCGUAGGUCCUAAUAGAGGUCGAUAUUCUUAUGUGGAGAAUCGGUGUACUCAGUUAGGAUGCUCUGUUAUUUUUUGUUUAGGAUCAUCUGGUUGUGAUAUGCUUUCGUGGUAUAGGUCGAGUGGGUUACGUAGGCCCUAUGCUAGUUUUGCUAAGGUUGGUAUUAAUUUUAUAUGUGUUAUAUCCAUGUGAGUACGUAUGUCAGUGGCUCCCAAGGGUUUCGAGGUGUCAGGUCCUAAAUUCGUAUUCCUUUAUAGACUGUUAUCUGCGUAAUGUGUUUUUGGAUGAAUAGUAAGUAGGAUGUAGAGGUAACUCUAGUGGCAUGGGUAUCAUGCGGUCGUGCUUGGCUGGUAUGAGUCGUGUCUGUUUUCAUUGUGUGGUGGACUCCCAGGUCCAUCCCACUUAUGUUGCUUUCCCUCCCUCCCUGUGCCUUGUGUCCUAGCCUUGCGUAAGUUAGUCAGCUGGGUUGUUUGUAUGUGCGAUGUGGGUCUCAUGGAAAGGAGAGCUAUCCUCGUUCUGUGUGGGAUCGUGGCUCUAGGAUCAGGAUUUUCAGUCUCUAGAGUGAUAGUGUGUGUGGUUCGCUCAGAGGUCUCCUGUUGUCUAUCCCCAUCUUGGGUGUUGGUGCAUGAGUCGGCUGUGGCGGCUUGGGUUCUAUGGGAGGUCCGUAUGGUGUUGUUCAUCGGGUUCGGGAGGUUGUUGCGAGUACAGUACGCUGCUACGUCCUGUGGCCUCAUUGGUGCGUUCGUGGGGCGGCUGUGUGUUGGUGGUGUGUAGAUCUUGUGAGUGUUGUGGUUGUAGUGUGUGUAGUGUGUGUGAUUUGUUUGGGGGAGGGAAAGGUGGGCGGGGGGACCCCCCUAGCUCCUUUCCCCGUCCGCCGCGUCCCUCUCAUCUCGUCUCGCCACGUACAUUAUCCAAGGUUGCCAUUUGUCAACGUGUUUCGUAAGGGUGUCUCGUAUGGUCGCGUGCAUUUCUUCUGCGAAUCUGAUCUCUUCUACCCUGCUUAGCCAUUGCUCCAUUGUAGGGGCGUUUGUCGUUUUCCAUAGGGCAGGGAUUAGAGCCUUGGCCACGUCAAGAAGGUGUCGUAGGUUGGAUCGUUUAUAUUUUGAGAUCGGGUCUUUAGUGUGAUGCAGGAGAGUGUUGUCUAUUGACAGUUGUGUCGUGUCCCCUAGUACGUCUUUAAUGCGAGCCGUAAUCUGGUUCCAGAACGGUUUGAUGUUGGGGCAGUCCCACCAGAUAUGUUUUAGUGUUCCGAUAAAAAUGUUUUUACAUUUUAUAGGGUUUUACACUAGUGUGAAUUGUUCAGAAUUCAAAGUGAAUUAUUAUUAUUUUAUUUUUUUUACCAAGAUCGCUGGAUUGGAAAACUUCUCCAAAACCACUAUGGUUAUAUUUUGGCUUUUUUUAGUCUAAAACUAUAAAUAUUCUUUGAAUUUACGUUAAGUUCUUCAGAAUUCACACUUAACGAAUAACCUUGGGUAUAUUUGCUACCAAUUUUGUUUGUGUAGAUCUAACGUAACCCUGUGUAAGGAUCCUUCAUACAAAAUGGAUUUUAAAGGACUGCAUUAGAUGAUGGAACUUAAAUUAGUAACGUGCGUGCUUCAUCAUAAUCUGUCUUACUUGAAGAUUCUAUUAAAGGCUUGUCAGAUAUGAUGGUGUAACAAAAGGGAACCCAAGGAGACCUACAAAGGGAUUGUUGUUGGUUUGGCCCCGAGGAGACGCCCGUAUGGGUCAUGUCUGUAUAUUGAGGCCGCUGCUAUCUUUUAUCUGGAGUCAGUCAGGUCUACAAGCAGCUGUACCUGGUCUCAUUCAGAGCAAUAAGACACCCCGUGCCUGUUUAUCUGGAGAGCGCAGGUAAUAAAAUCUGUGUCUUAUUCAGGCUCUGUCUAUAAUCACUAAACUUAAUCCGGGAUACAGAGCAACAGCAGAUAAACACAGUUACACUUGAGAGCACAGUUAGUAAUUAGGGAUAUGAGAGAUUAAAAGUUGCCAUGUUCUUGCACAUGCCUCCCGCCUGUCUUGUAUAACACCUGCUUUUCCAGGCCAUUAACCUCUUAUGUGCCAGGCUGUAGCCUGCUGCACGGUGCAGGAGAGAGAACCCUUUCAAUUUUGGUUAUACUGCAAUUAUUUGCCCUAUAAGUAUAUGCAGUUUCACUGCUGAGCUGGGGUGGGAUAUCCACCAUGGACAUGGACUAAUUUGACCUGCACUUGUACUGAACCAGUCUGGUGGCUUCACUUUUGAGCAGCCCUGUGAUGUCAUGUCAGAAUAAGCCUGGCUCGACAUUAUGGGAAGUGCCAGUUACAAAUACCUGCUGCUCAGAUUUUGCCGUCAGUUGAUUUGGAUGAUCUUUAAGGGCAACAGUUAUGGACAAUGUGUGUUCAAAAGCUUCACUGACAUUAAUGCUACUCCAAAGAGUGUGACUUUGGGGGUUUUAAGCGGCACUCUAAGCACCAUAAGUACUGCAACAUUUUGUUGAUAUUACGAAAUCGUUAGAGACCACGUUUGCCCAUGGGAUACAGGAAAGUGUAAAACCAUUCAAAAAUAGAUAGCCUUCUUACACUAGGAAGAUGCCAUGGAACUCUUGAUGCAAAAUUCACUACACUUAGUUUAUUGCCCCUUUGGUCUUCCUCCCCCCCCAAUUGGAAAAUAAGAUUAUCACCCUUUGAAUACAUUUACCUUAUAGGGCUGACAUUUUUCUUUUGACCCAAACUCGGGUAGAAUUUUACACUUAAGAAGCUUCCUUGGCAAAAUAUACAUUUGGAUAGCGUUAUUAAUUCAUAUUUUUAUUUGGUAUUGUGCAGUAAUAGUAUUUAGUAAUUCCAGUAAUUACCUCAGAAAUUUUUGUGAUCGAGAUUAGUAUAGAGUUGGGUAGAAAUGGAAUUACAUGUCUGACAGAGCAAAGCAUCAAGGGAAAUGUAGUCCUGAUUGCUUAUUUGAUUACUAUUAUCCAAAUAUGUGCAAUGUGUCUUUAUCAGGGUUGACUAUGAACGCAUAAAGGAUUUUGGUCCAGACAGAGCAGCCUCUGAAUGGCUCCUGCGCUGCGGUGCCAAGGUACGCUAUCAGGGAUUUGAGAAAUGGCAACAUGACUACAAUGGACUUCCGACAGGACCAUUGGGAAAAUACAAGAUACAAGCAAUUGAUGCCACUGACUCUUGCAUCAUGUACAGAGGGUUUGAUUACUUGGGUAAGGAACGUUUUCUAUCUAUAAUGCAUUCACCUGCAGUUAUUACAAAACCAUAUCGCACGAUUUGGAACCCAUAGUAUGUGUGAGGCUUCCUGUGUAGCUGUUGUUGACUUUAUAAUCACAUUAGAUAAUAUUGGUUUAACUAGAAGCAGAGCAAGUAUUUUAAUUACACAAAGUAAUUGCUGUAUCCAUUUAGUAAUUACCCAUUUAUUUGACCUUUAUUGGAACAUGUUGGGUGAUAAUUAUAUUGCAGUAUGCUGUAAUACGUAAUAUAACAGAGCAUGCCAGUGUAACUCCUUCCUUGUUAAACAGACACUAAUAAACUAUUAAAUGGAAAAGUAACCUAACAGACAUUAUAUUGGAAGCAGGAUGAGCGGAAAAUCGGGCAGCCCAAGAUCAUUUUUAUUUAUAUAGCACCAAUGUAAUCUGCGAUUUGUACUUAUACAAGUAAUUGUGACAAAUUACGUUCAGUUCAAGAAGUGAUGAUGGCUUUGGCCAAACAGACUUAUGGUGUACACAAACAGGUCCAAUGUAUCCAAAUGGAUUCCAGCUUAGAAUACAUAGUAUUUCUAUAGAGCUUUAAGAUAUAGGAGCAGUAUUGAUGACCAGACUUGAGGAAAGAGGUGGACGAGGGAGAGUAGUUAAAAGGUUGGUUGAUUGACUUCCCUUCUGGACCGUUUGUUUAGGGAUUUCCCCAUAGGUCUGGAGUCUGGGAAAAACAUGUCGGUGCAAGCAAGGUCAUCCAAUAAGGGCUGAGUAGAUUUAGAAAUUCCUACUUUUGAGAGUUGGGUAAAAGCAUUUGGUGGAUUGACGAACUUAGCAGAAAAAUAGCUGUUCAGACACGAAUGAAGGUGCUUGCAGUUCUCUACCCUGGUCUCCUGAUCUCAGCCCAUGGCUCAUAAAGCAUAUUUAACUUUGAUUUUAAACUUAGUGUUUGUAUAGUUAUCAAUCAAUGUGCCCAAGAUGAUAUACCAUGGAGUUUUCUCUGUUAUAGUUUGUUACACCUGAUCUGCCAGCUCUUUAAUGUGGCCGCCGAGGGAGCUUUGAAGCAAGUAGGCGGCCAGCUGAGGGAGCAGUACUCUUACUGCAGCUCCUCUCUGCCUCCUUGCGCUGUUUAAUGAUGCCGGGAGCCGGAAUAUGAUGUCACUCUGGCCCUGGCAUCGCUACAGGGAGCAGAGAGGAGCUGCAGGAAGAGAGCAGCCCCACUUGACCUCAGGGAAAGACUCACUCGGCUCUCCCAAAGGUAGGGAGGCUGAGUGGGUGUCAAUUAAUACAAAAAUGUGAGUGUGAGCCUGUCAGGGUGAGUGAGUGUGAGUGUGAGCCUGUCAGAGUGAGUGUGUGUGUGUGUGUCAGCCUGUCAGAGUCAGUGUGUGUGCACGUGCGAGCCUGUCGUCAGGGUGUGUGUGGGACCGCGCACGUUUAGGUACCUGCCCCCUCCAAUCGCAUGAUAAAGGUGUUUUACUCACCUUUUAAAAAAAAAUAAAAAAAUUUCACACUGUGACUGGUACCACCUUAGUGGCUGAGAUUAGCAAUCUUUAUGAUCUCAGCUAAGCCAAUGCUUUCCCUUGGGAAAGCACUGGCAGGAUUUUAUGCAUGCACAGCAAAUGUGCCAGUCCGCAUCUCCUCAUAGGGAUGCAUUGAAUUAGUGAAUCUCUGAGGAACAGUCAGCACCUCCAUGCAGAGUGGUGCAGCAGUGACCCAGGUCUCUCUAGUGGCCGUCUGAGUGACUGUCACUAGAGGUGUUUCUAAGCAGCAAUGUAAACACUGACUUUUUGCUGAAAAGGCAGUGUUUACACUGAAAAGCCUGCAGGGACAGGCUAUAGACACCAGAACAACUGCAUCAAGAUGAUUCGCUUGUUUAGUGGUUUCCCUAAAAGCGUGACCCAGGCUAUAUAGAUAGUCAUUAGCAGCCCACUAAGACACCAGCCAAGGUUGGCCUAAUGAGUUGCAAACAGUAGAACCUACAUCUUAAUCCCACUGAUAGGCUUCACCUUCCUUUGGCAUUGGUUACCCUGGUGCUUCACUAUACACUGCUUGAUUCUGCGGUGCUUAUAGUUAGGCAUCAAUGCUGUGGACCUUCAUUAUUUUAAUAGCAUUCUUGCAGUAUUACUCUCACAUGUUGGUUUUAUCUAUCAGGCCGAACUUGAACUGUUUAUAGAGUGUUUUUUUGUAAGGUGUGAGUUCCAUAUUGUAGGUAGGUACUCUGUGUAGAAAAGAUAAAAUAUAGAUUUCUAAUUAUUUGACAAGGUUUCAUAGAGAAACUGCUGUUCUUUUCAGAUGGGCUGAAGCACUUGGAGGAGAUCAAACUGUGUAAGUGUAUUUACAUUGAGGAUGCCUGCCUGGAGAGAAUCAGCAAGACUGAUACCUUGCAAGAAAGUCUCAGGAGGCUGGAAAUAAUAUCCUGCGGGAACGUCAGCGACAAAGGGAUCAUAGCGCUCCAUUCUCUCAGGUUGGUCAGCCAUAUCUACUAAUAUUAUAUAAAUAUACAUCAGCACACAGACAGGGUUAUUUACUAAAAAUAAGAAUUCAAAGUGAAUUUAAGUUUGUCCAGAGUAGCUAAACUGAAAGCAUAGCUGAAUUACAGAAUUUUCCCAUUUCAGCAAUUUUGAACUUAAAUUUGAAAUUCACUGGAUAUUAAAUGUUAGGCAAAAGUAGAUUGGCCGAUAUUGAUUAAGGAUCCUUGGUUGUCAUUCUGCAUUUCAAAGGUCCCAAGGGUCACCUUUAGAAGGGCUCCUAAUUUGAAAAAUAUCUUAGCCCCUUCGAAAUUAUAUUGUCAAAAGGCAGGACAUCAGACAGCUUAUAAAGGGGUUUUAGUCAACAAGCGUUGUGGUCAUAUUAAAUGCCUCACAUGUGGAUUUAUUUGUCAUCAAAGUUCCACAUUCAGUCCGUUCAAUAGUACUGAGGUUUUUUCUGUACAGUCACCAAUUACUUGCAACACCUCUUUUGUGGUAUAUCUCCUCAUUUGUCCUUGUGGACGGCAAUAUGUGGGUCAAACAAUUAGAUCUCUGAAAUGUAGGUUUCGAGAGCAUAGAACAGCUUUAAUACGUAAUGAUAACAGAUCCUCGGUGGCCCGUCACUUUGCAAUUUCUCAUGAUAAUAAUCCUGUUGGCCUUAAACCAGUGUUUAGUACAUAUUCCCCCCCCCAUCAGGAUAUAGCUAAGAGGAAAAGGGAACUAAUUAAGGCUGAAUCAGUGUGGAUUUUUAAGCUUAAUUCCAUGUCACCUAACGGUCUAAAUGAGGAGCUAGAACUAUCAUGAAUGUUCUUUAUAUUAUAUUUGAUUUUUUAUAUCAACACAUUAUAUCAACCUGUUAGUCUUUGGUUUUUAUUUAUGUUUUCCUGGAUGCAAUAGUAAUUUUGCAUGUGGUAUGCAUGUUAUAUAUUUCUGCAUUUGUUGCCUGACCUUAAUAUUAGGAUUAUUUAAGUAUUUUUAUAUUUGUCUUUAUUUAUAUUUGUUUUAAUGUCUAUAGUUUUAAUAUGAUUUGAUUUGAAUAAGAAUGUGAAUCCAGCCCGGGUUUUUCGACUGCAAUACAUGUGGGGUAUUUAAACCGGGUUUUUACACACAUUAUUCUUUGUCUUGAAAAAGUCCCGUGGGAGGGACGAAACGCGUAGACGGGUUGAUCCUUAUACCCGCUGUGAUCGGGUGAUACUUUGGGAGUGAGAGCAGGAAGUGUUCUGUACUUUGGCGGUCUUUUUUGGAUGAACUCGCUGGUUAUCGGAGUUACAGCAAGCCGUGGCGGGGAGUGUGUUCUGUACACAUCGCGGUCUUUUUUGAAGAUUCCGACCGCGGUGUACCACCUAAUCAUCUCGGAGGACAAUCUGUGUUAUCCACAGGAUUUUACCAUCACUCCGAGUUUGCUGCAUUCGUGUCAAGCUUGCUUCAUUCAUCAUUUUUUCCGCUCCUUUUUUUUGCACAUACCUCGGUGGGGGGCCCACACCGGUACUCCCUGUAUAUCCAUUACCUGUUGUAUCUGUAUUUGGGUUCGGCAGGGAUAACAUUCAGACACUUUGUUGCUUUUCACAUAGUGUCUGGGGAAAUUCCUCUGACCCAUCUUUGUAUUUACAAGUUGUGUGGUUACAUUUGUUUUCUUUGAGAGAUAUACUGUUUCUAUAUUAUCAUAGCAGGUUUAGGUCAUUUUGAUUUUGAUUUUUAUGUUCAUUAUUUUUAUCCAAUUGUAUUGAAUAAAAUAUUGGUUUAUUUGUAUAUUCAUAUUAAUAAUUGUUUAAGGUUUCUUGAUUAAUGAGCGCACACGCUUUGUUUAACUUUUGAGCUUAUACUCAGUUACAGUCGCUGGUGGAUGUGUGUAGCUGCUCUUAUAUUUAUUUUUAUGUUUUUAUAUAUUACACCUUUUAUUAGGCAAAAGUAGAUGAAAUGAUAAUAUAGCUGACAUGGAUAGUUUUUCAAAAUCAGUAAAUCUAGCUUAAGAUAUGAAUCCAUUUUUUGUGUGAAUAUCCCUAAGAGUAUUUGUUGCCUUUUAAAGGGACAGUAAGGAUGCAUUUUAAAGGGACAGUAAGGAGAGUUUGAAAUAAGCCAUUGGAUCCCAACCCAGUCCUGAAGGCACACCAACAGUCUAUGAUUUAACAAUUUCCCAAGUAUGUACCACUGGAGAUACUGGCAUAUCCUAAACUCUUAGUGUGCCUCAGAAAACACAUUGGGAACCACUAAGCAAGCUACUGCACAAUUAAUUUAUUCAAACACAUACAUUUAUGGCACAUUUUGUUAAAUACUGGUUGUCUGAUUUUAUAUCAUGGAGGAUCUUGUUUAGGAGAAAAAUAGGCAGGGAAAUAGUUGCAUAGCGGUAGGUAAUAGGAAAUUCUAAGAUGUGCUAAGUAGAACUUGUGUAAAGUUUCAACAUUCUAGUGCUGUCCUGAUCUUCUACUGACUUGGGAAUCGCACAGUCUGACAGUGUAGAGCAGCUGUACAGUACUUUUUCUUGAAAGUGAGAAUUCAAAGUAAAUUUCAAAUUUCAGACUAAAGUGGCCAAAACUAGAAGCAGAAAUGACUUAGAGAAUUUUUUCAAUUCACUUAGAAUUUUCAAUUUAGUGAAUAACCUUGAUAGUGGUCAUUGAGAACUGGUUUGAAAAGAAUGGACUGUGAACCCAUAUAUAGUGCUAAUAUCGACCUCGAUUUUUAUCAGCUUUCCAAUUUAUUCAAUACCGUUAGAAAGCGCUUUCCCAGUGAUUAAUCUACUGAAGUCACCAUUAAAAUCUACGGGAAGUUUUCUAGAGAAAUCAGUUGUAAAGUUUUUCUCACGCUAUUGAAUCAUUUGGAACGAUUAUUAAAUUAAGGCCAUUGUCUGUAGACUUACACCACCCUGCGUAAUGUCACAAAGAGUUAUUUACUAAAGUGAGAAUUCAAAGUGAAAAUUUAAAUUAAGUCCAAUGUACCAGAAGUGAAAGCAAAUAUGACUUAGGUACUUUUUCCUUGCUUGUCAAAUUCACUUACUAGUAGCAUUUAUUUUGCUAUUAUCACGCCAGAUGAGCGGCUAGAAAAUGUUUGGAUAAGUUAACAUUUUAAAAAUAAAAUGGUUAUCCCAUGUCCAAGUGGUUUUAUCUUACAUACACAGUUACAUAGCUGAAAAGAGACUUGCGUCCAUCACGUUCAGCCUUUCUCACAUCUGUUUUUGUUGUUGAUCCAAAAGAAGGCAAAAAAACUCAGUUUGAAGCACUUCCAUUUUUGCAACAAACUAGGAAAAAAUUCAUUCUUGACUCCAGAAUUGCAGUCAGAUUUAUCCUUGAAUCAAGAAGCUAUUACCCUACAAUUUAAAAAUUAUCUCCUUGAAUAUUAUGUUUUUGCAAGUAUUCAUCCAAUUGCUGUUAAAACAUAUGAAUAUACUCUGAUAAAACCACCUCUUCAGGCAAAAAAUUCCACAUCCUUAUUGGUCUUGUUGUAAAAAAAACAUUUCCUUUGCCCUAGGCUAAAUCUCCUUUCUUCCAGUCUAUUUGCUAGAGAUUUGUUAUGUAUAAUUAUUGAAGAACAACGUGUAGGUCAUUGUUUACUAAACUAGCGACCUUGUAGGAAUUGCACAUAUUAGGCCCAACUAGCCAAAUUGGAAUAAAAAAAAAAAAAAUACCUCCAGAUUUAUUUUACUGGCUAUUUUGGUCUGUAAUUAAUUUCCAUGAUCAGAUCUCAAUUGCUAGAUUAAUGAAGGACCCCAAUAAUGUAUCUGUUUAACUAUCUUUCUGGAUUUAUAGAAAUUUAAGAAAGUCAUUUGUUUUUUUUUGUGUGUUUUUUUUUAAUAAAUCGUUGAGAUGACUUUCUUCUUUUACCUUGUAGGAAUCUGGAAUAUUUAUUCUUGAGUGAUCUUCCAGGGAUCCGGCAGAAGGAGCUCACGGUAGAAUUGCUUCAGAAAGCAAAACCUUCACUAAACCUGGAGUUAGAUCUGGACUGAAACUAAUUAUCUGCUUUCUCCAUUCAUACAUAUUAAAUAAACCUGGAUUAUAUCAAUGCUUUCAAUAUGAUGCUUAGGAAUAAGGAAGUACCCUGAAAACCAAUUAUUUUGUCCUUUAUAAAGGAAAAAUCCUGUUUCCUGACACAGCUCAGCCGUAUGCAAUGCUAGAAAUGUGUAACAAUUGGAAAAAAAAAAACUGACAUCUUUGUAGUGGUGACAACCCAGGACCAGAGGUAACCACUCUGUCACUAUGAAACUAAACUCCCACAAGGCUUUGCCAGUGUGUACAUAAAGAACUAGCUGUUGACAUACUAUGAUCAAUAAAGAAUAUCAUUACAUGAAUUUUGUUCCAGCUUUCGAUUGGUAGGGUGUGGGCAGAAAUUGAGUUUGAAGUGGUAGAUUAAAGGAACACUCCAAAAGCACCUAAAACGCUUCAGCUUGCUAGAAUGCUUUAUAGAUAUAUAUAUAAAAAAAAAAAGUGUGUACAUUUUUAAAAAUUUUACUUGGAAGGCACUUUUAAAAUUUGACCUUGUUACCCCCUCUUCCCCAGUUGUCAGUCAGACAACUGUUCCUGUUACUUCCUGGAAGUACAUAGGAAACUGUAUAGAAAAUUAGGUUUGAUAAAAGUUUAUAUUUGAGGACAGAGAUGCUUUAAGACCACACACUGCUUAGAAGACUUGUUAAUUAGUGGGCGCAGGAAGGAUCUGGUUUAACCCACCGUCUAUCCACCUGGUUUGUAAAGCUAUCUUUUGUUUGCCUAAUUAUACUAAGCAGAACAAAUUACUGUUUGCCGAGAUAUUCAUGUUGCCUACAAAACGAAAUGGAAUCAAACAUUUAGUCAUUUAUUUUUUAUUUAUUUAAGAUUUUACCAUUAUAUGGUAAAUGUCACAAAAAUUGCUUAUGGAUUAUACACAUUCCAUUAUACAGGUUAUAAAAUGGAUAUGAAAGUACAAUAAAAAAUAUGAUUUAAAUGCUUACAUUUUACAUGCACAUUUCUACACAAAAAAACAAAAAACUAAUACAAAUUCAAUCUUUGUUCAAAGUGGAUGUUUGGAAUGGAUGGUUGUUGUAGAUGCGGCAGACAUACUUAACCAAUUAUGUGACCAGCAGGAAAUAUUAAAGAAAUUGUUAUUAAAAAGCGUACUAUACAAAACAAAAAUAAGCCAAACUCCAUUAAAUGUGCUGUAAUUCACCUGGUUAAAGUAGAGAAAUGUGAUUGUGCACACAGGUCUAUUAAUAAUCCCCGAUAAAAUAUGUGUAAACAUUUUGCUUCACUGUAACAUUUUAACUUGUUUUAUUCUUCUAAUUUUUUUGUAUAAUACCUGUGACCAAGGUUUCUGUCCACUAUCACUUAUGUGGAAGUUCCAUUUAAUUAGCAUUUUAAAUUUUUGGACAGUAUAGAUUGGGUUUGGACAAAAUUGCCAACGUAUGCUGUGCUGGUUAUAGUGCUUAGAGGGCUCCUUUGAUAUACAAACAGAACAUCUGAGCUUUUGGUCAAUAUCAUGUUAGAAUGUCAGACUCAGGGUAGCCACACAGAAAUAGCUAGCCUGGCAUUCUUCUGCAAUCUGCCCCAGAAUGCUUUGUUUGGAGACAGAACACUGUAGGAUGCUGGGUGAAAAAAAUCUGUGCAGCUACCUAUUCAACCAAUGCUGAUAAAGUAAAUAAAUACAUCAAACGCAAGGCAUAGCACAUUAAAACAUCUAGAAUUGCCAGAUCUACCAUGUUUUGUUUCUGGACAAACACAACGCUGAUGAGCAGUACAUAAACAGUGAUCUAAAUGUAAAAUUCACGGACUGUAGGCAAGAAGUCAGUGAAUGCAAAACCAGAUGAACUGCCGUGUUUAAUUAUCUUCCAUCAUAUAUUGGAACAAAUCACUGUUCUUGUUCUGCCUAUUAAGAAGUGAUUUAUGUCCAGAAAAUCAGUGCAAGGCUGCCCAAUAGGUAGAUCCCCAGAUGUGGUAGAACUACAACACCCAUGAUGGUUACAUGCCUUUAGAAUGACAAAGCAUCAUGAGACUUAUAGUUCUACAACAUCUGGAGAUCUACCUAUUUGGCAGCCCUGCCUUAGUGGAUCUGGCAAACUUAUAUGAAGCAUGGCAGAUUCACUUAGAAUGAAUGAACCAAGCACCAUAACCACUACAGCCUGGGUUCCAAUAGGCUCCCACCACCUCCCCUGUUCUCCGUGGUUGGCGGUCUUGAGCAAAAACACUCCCAUUCCCAGCCAGAGAUUCAGACAUUCACAGAAGAAUACUUUUGGUUUUAUUCACUAAACCGGAAACUGUUAGGAAUGGAAAGGGUAUUGACAACUUCGGCCAAGGUAGCAGACCUGAAAAGAUUGCAGAAUGUUUCCAGUAACUGCUAUUUUAACCUGAAUGUUUUGCUGCACUUUUAGAGAUUAGCCCUAAAUCCUGGCCUUUAAUUCUCCACCUUCAUUCGAUAAUUGAAAUCGUCAGGCAGAGGUGAAGAUCUUUCAUACAUCUAGUUCAGUCAACUGAUCAGACAUUUAGACACCACCAAUGGAUAUAAAAGGGCUAGGAUGAUUAUUUAUUAAAUCAAGAGCUAAAAUCAAGAGCUACGGGGAAUUAACAAAAUCUUAAAAUUCUAGUCUUAAAUAGCCACAAUUAGAAAACCAAGAUUGGAGAUGUUUUUUUAAUUUUGCCUGUUUUGGCCGACAAUUUGAAAUACUAUGAGCAUUUCUUGACAAUUCACAGUUUAGUGAAUAACCCUGUAAGCAUUUUUCAUUCUUUUUCAGUACUCGUCCAAGUGUACUACACACUUACCCCCAUUUUUAACUGCAACUAUCACAGUCAUAGGACAGUGGAGAACUUUUAUACCUUUAUUUAUUUUUCUGCAGUCCUGCUCUAAAGUGUCUCUGUCUCCUUUGGGGGUCUUUGCAAAACUUAUAAGGUGACAUUAAAGGACCACUAUAGUGCCAGGAAAACAUACUCGUUUUCCUGACACUAUAGUGCCCUGAGGUUGCCCCCACCCUCAGGGUCCCACUCCCGCCGGGCUCUGGGGAGAGGAAAGGGGUUAAAACUUACCUUUCUCCAAUCCUCCUCCUCUCCUCCCUUUCGGCUGGCUGCGUGCGCAUUCAGCCGGUCUCAUAGGAAAGCAUUUACAAUGCUUUCCUAUGGACGCUUGUGUGUUCUCACUGUGAUUUUCACAGUGAGAAUCACGCAAGCGCCUCUAGCGGCUGUCAAUGAGACAGCCACUAGAGGAUUUGAGGGCUGGAUUAACCCAUUUAUAAACAUAGCAGUUUCUCUGAAACUGCUAUGUUUAUAAAAAAAAAAUGGGUUAACCCUAGCUGGACCUGGCACCCAGACCACUUCAUUAAGCUGAAGUAGUCUGGAUGCCUAGAGUGGUCCUUUAAGGCCUAGAAUGUAGUGGAGAGUAGUUAUACUUACCUACGGCUGCAAUCUACAGGAGAGGCUAUCCUUUGCCAAUUUUAUAAAUACCCAAUUUAGUAAAAUCCCAACAGUCACAUUACAAAAAUCUUAUUUGUUUCCCGCACACCCCCCUCCCCCACAGAGUAAAAACAACACAUCAGAAUAAUGUGCUACUAACAAAGUGAGAAUUUAAGGUAAAUUUCAGGUCAAGUCCACUCUGCUUUCUGUUGCGCUACUCUGGUUUUAAAUAUGAAAUUCACUUUGAAUUUUCAAUUUAGUGAAUAAAUGUCUUUGUUUAUAUUGACGUAUAGAAUAGACCUAUAAAUUAACACUCAGGACACCAUAACCACUACAGCUCGCUACAGUGUUUAUGGUGCCAGGAGUGCCCUGGCUUACUCCAUAGUAGGUAGCCAGGCCAUUUUAAAAUGGUUUCCCUUAUUACCUGGGUCCGCCAGGUGCUGCUUAGGGAGCCAGAAGCUCUUUACCAGAGCCAAGCCAGGCAGUGCAGGGCUUAACUCAUUGGCCAAGAGCAAUCAACUGACAUUCUUAGCUAAUGAGUUUGCCAUGCAUUGCAGAGCUUGGUUCUGGAGAGCUAAUAUUAGCUCCUAGUAUGAUCUUCCUGCUCUCUACAGUGUAAGAGGAAAGACAGGGAGCGGUGCUUGGCAUGUCCCAGGUAACAGGUCAAACUGUUCCAAAACACUUUGACCACUUACAUUGAUGGAGCAUUAUAACACCAUAAGAAGCAUGGACUGUUCCUACAAAGCUUGCUGGACACAUCUAAUAGCUGCAGGGAUAAUCAAGGCCAUGUAUAAACUUUGUUUUUUUUCCCAAUCAGUUGCCUGUUGUGAGUUUGCUGCAGGAAGAAAUAGGGUGAGUUGUUGCAACGUAAUUAAAAUGUCCAUAUUUUAAUUAAAAGCACAAACGUUUUCUGCCUCAUUGCAGAUAAUGUGGCUGCAAGGUUUAUUUGCAUCUAAACUGCUGGACACUAUAAAUAACUUUCAAAGGCCAAGUCGCUGUUUACGCGUGCAUCUCAUUUUCCGCUAACAAAUUCCUGCCACUGUGUUCCAAGAACAAUAAAUAUUUAACUAGUCUCUCGAUGCCCUUUUGCCCCGUCUAUAUGUUGGGGAAACGGUAGUUGAAUUUUCUGGUGUUUGAAUAGUAUUUCUUGCUCUCCAAGGCUGGCAAAAUGUUGCUACUUGUGAGCUGUGGGAGAUGCUGCAGCUGGAGAUGGGAAAACAGAGACGGGAAACAGAAUUAAUUAUACACAAGAAAGCAUGUUGUUUUUUACAUAAAUUAGGAGUAAAUUAUUUAUUCAUUAAACAGUGAAAAGACAACUGAAUUUCAAUUGCAAAAUUGAGGCUGAAAUGGUUGUGGGAUGGGGGUAGGGAAAGAAAAAAUCUGAAUUAGAGUAUAUCUCUUGACUGCGUGACAUGUUAUAAUCCAGUGUUUAGUGAAUAAGCUAAUAAGAUAAUAGGUUAGCAUAGGAAAGAAAGGGGGGAAAAAAAGGCUAGUCAACUAUAAUAGUUAGCACGUUUUUAAAUUUUUUUUCGAUUAUCCAAAUCGUGAGCUUUAAAGUGGCACUGCUACAGUCUGGGGACUUUGCAGAAUUCGCAAAGACCCCCGAUGUUGACAUUGCUGCUGGGGGGGCAGUGACCAGGGGAGGCAGGUAGAGCAGAGUUCUGCUUAACUAAACCUGUCCCUUGUGGGUGUUGUCAUCAGAUUCCUCUUUAGCACCAGGUACCGACGCCACUGUGCAAGAGUACAGCAUUGUCUAUGGAGGAUCCCGCAAGACCGCAGGAUCUUCCAUGGAUUGAGCCAAUUCCCGUAAAAUCACACAGAAAAAAGUCAUUUGAUAUAUGCAUAUAGGUGAAUAAAAAUGGUAAAUAAGCCAAAUAUAUGGAGUAGGGCUGAUAAAACGAAACUAUAGCAUACAGGACAAAAAUAUGCCCAGCUUACACAGAGUGUAGGUAAUAUAAGUUGCAGUAACAAAGUAGUGGAGAAUAAAAAUAUACACAAAGUGGAUAAAAUGUAAUGAAAUGAUGAUGUGCAGAUAAAGUCUUGAUAUGAUCUUCCAAAAGGCUACCUUUUGCUUAUGGCAGUGGAUGAACCACUACAAAAAAGCAUCACAAAUGAUGAUGUGGGUGGCCAUACCACCAGAAAAAGCAUCAGAUCCCAUGGAUCGCAAAUCAGAAGGCUCAUUCAAAAGGGGUCUUUGAGGCAUUAAAAAAUCUAUGACAUUCUAGAACUGCAUCUGUAUCAGUGGUGCAUUCAGCACAUCCAUGGCUAUGGUAGAUAGACAAAAAGAGGCAGAUCUGUUCUUAUUUCAUACAACAAUUGAGAGCCUCUGUUUUACCACAAGACUCCAAGCCAGCCCUAUCAGUAGAAGCUGCAUUUGUCCUGAGACUAAAUAGAUGGACAGCACAUGCUGCAUCAGAGAAGAUCAUCUGCAGCAUCUGAAUGUAAGAAAAAUAAUGUUUUGACAGCAUGUUCAACUCACUACCAGAAAAGACUACAUGUCCAAGCAGCGCAAUCAUCACGCUUUUCCACCUGCUGCAAGACCAUGCAGCACAAAAUGCCUUAAAGCACAAGCAAUGAAGCCAGACACUAUAAACCAUCUUCAGAUUGUCUUCUGAUGCUGAACUGCAUGUGCAUACUUUCAUAUACCAGUCUAACAGUACCUUUAUCUGGUAGUACUUAUGGGCUGUCAAUUCAAAGCUCUGACUUUCUGCCCCUUGCUGGCACCGAGAGUGUUUACCAAAGUCAUGGCAGUGGUAGCCAGCUUCCUAUUGAAGAAAGGAAGACAAAUAAUACCAUACUUGAAUGAUUUGCUGAACAUGGCACAAGAAGUUAACAUUUCCUGUCAACAUCUUUCCAACAUCUCAAGCUCAAGAGACCACCUUCUUAGGCCUAAUCUUGGACAACCACAAAAAAAGCAUUUAAUCUUCUAGAUACCAUGUAUAAUUUCGACACGCCAUGUUACGACUCGCCUGUGAUACUGUAGGUUCCAUGCCACAUGUGGUCUGUCCAGAGAAUAUACUGACAAGUAUUUUUAGGUUUCAAGAUCAAAAUUGAGAAAUCGAGAUUUCUAAAGUGGCGGCUCAUGCCAAGAAGACUGCAUUUAGGAGCGUCAUGAAAUCUAAAUUGGAUAUCUGUCUAAACAGACAAAAGUCUCGAAUUUAAGGCAAUCAGUUAGGAACACUGUACUCAAACAGCAAUUGUUCUACGAUAGAAGUUUGCUUCUCCGUAAACUACCUUAAGCUCAUGGAAGCAAUAAGACACUAGAGAGACAUUGUGCGAAAACAAGUCAAAUACCUAAAGAUAGCCAGUCAUACGAUGCUAUGAAGGUAAAAGGAGCUGUCAGGUUUUUUCUUUGUUUUUUUUAAUGGUCAGAAAAGCACAUUGUGGGUAUCUCAGCAGUUCAUAUCAAAUGAACUAUUAUCAUCCAGCAGUCUUUGCAAAAUUCUAUUUUACCAGGUGAAUGGGUCAUCAAAUCAUAUAAAAAUGGGGUAGACUAGAUCCAGAGUUAAAGUAGUUUUGGUGUAUAACACAUGCAAAUCUAGCCUCUUUUAUCCGUUAUCUGCCAUUUAGGAGUUAAAUCAAGGUAAAAUUGUUUUGGUUCUUAGAGUAUCCCUUUAAACACCUCAACAAAAAGGUAGAAAAAUACUUCUUUCACUCUCUUCUAGACAGUCCAUCUGGUUUCAAGAUCUACAUAUGUAUUUCCUCUACUACCUUUGCUUUUAAAACUCGUGCUAAAAAGAAUUAGAGAUUGUGUUAUCCUCACUGGUCAGUUAUGUUAGUACAACCCCUCUCCGGCUGCCAGAUCUGCCGAAUCUACUAUACAAAGUUUUUCUAACAUGGUUCGAUCCCAUGAAUAUGGAGUCUAUUUCUAUACUUCAGUUUCUUAAUUUCUUAUAAACACACGCUAUAUUUAGGGCUCAACCCUUUAUCCUUGAAACCUAAAAUAGCCUGUCUCUGCAAUUUUAUUAAAAGCAGAUUGUCUGAAAAUGUUUGCAUUUGAAUCUUCAUUAAAGUGUACCUGUUGUGUGACACACAAUUUACGUUUAAGUAAAACAUUUAAUCCAUGCUAGCAAAUGUAUAGAUAGUAAUUUAAUGUUCAUUAAAAUAUUACUACCUUAGGAGCUUGUAUAUGUAACGUUAAAAUGGGAAUGACAGGUUCAUUUUAAGAAUUAGUCUUUUUGGCACUAAAUCAAAUGAUGGACAUUCUGAAUCUCUGGAUAAAGCAUCAGUAAAGAUGUUCUGCAUCUAUACAUUUUCUUCAAGACAAAACUAUGAAACCACUUUGUGAUUUUCAAAAUUAAAUUUUUAUCUUCUUUUUGGUCCAAUGAAAAGAUUGUAUUGCUUUUACUGUGGCCAGAAUCUUGAGGAAAAAAAAGUAAAGUUUUUCUUUCAAAUAGUACAUAAUGUAAAAAGAAUCAUUGAAUGCAAACGUCAUAAACUCUCCGUUGAUAGUCCUUUCAGGAUAAAGAAGGAGUCCCCAAGAUCAGCAGUUGGGUCGUUCAGGUGGCUUACGAGUGUUUCUAGCUGAUUAGACAGUGCACAGUGAAAUCUACAUGAUCUAGACAUCAAAGGCACCAAUGCACCCUAAGCAAACUCCCAAAUCCCACACAGGGACACCAAAUCUGUAGCUCAAGGCACAUUUGGGACACGCACAUCCCAUCACUCAGAAGGUAAUAUGGGAAAUACAACUACUCCUUGAUUUAAAUGAAGCCACUUUUUAACACACAUAAAGAUUAUAAAAUGAAUUUUAAAGAUAGAAUUUUUUGUAAAAAUUUUUUUACGUACUCCUGGGAAAUGUUUUCUGUGCAGUCGUGUCUGCUUCCUGCUCACUCUGUCAGAAUCCUUUCCGGAUUCACCGUCAUCUCGGAUGCUGUCGAAGUAAGGGUGCUCCAGUAACUGUUGGCAUGUAAGCCUCUCCGCAGGGUUCAUAUGGAGACAGCCCUGUGGGUCCAAAAAUAAGUGCAAUCACAUACAUUGUAAUUACAGACUUUUGGUUACAUAGUUAUCUUAAGUUGUUGGGUGUGUAUAUAGAAAUAGACAUUUACACCAUAUACUACAUAUCACGAAAAUGUGUAUAGAUGUGUAAAAUACUUUGGCUUUAUAAUUAAAUAUUAUAGGAUAUUUAAUGUCAAACUGAUCCCAAGAUUAGAUUUGCAACUUUCAAACCGAUCCCAGGAUAAGAUUGCAGCUUUCAAGGCAAGAACAAAAGAAGUUAUUAACGUCUUAUCUACAGCAAACAGAAUCACAUUAAUUCUGUUGUAAAGAAAGCCAUCAUAGAUAAGCGUGUCUACUCCUUCCUGUUGCUGUUGUUGGUGAUGUAUUAUCUCUAAGUGAAACGCGUCUCUACUUGAACUAAACAGCUUAUGCAUAAUACAUAAAAAUAAUGGACAACAAAAAAUGAAUAUGUAAAAAAUGGAACGUUACCUAAUGCAGCUCUAAAAUAUGAUUGAUUUAUUUUUGAUUAUUUUUUUAUACAAAUCCCUGAAGCUCUAUAAAACCACCAAUCUCUACGAUCAGCUUUGGGCUGCAAAUAUAUCCUCAGUGCUUGUUUUUGAGAAUUUGACUGGACAAUGACCAUCUCUAGUAAGGAAGUAAGUGUGGGCCAAACAGGGAGUGGACCUUUAUUUACUGCAUAGGCUGUGUCUGCAACUAAUGAAUGGUAAGUUUUAGGGCAUACGUACUAUUUGCGCACAUUCUAGUGAAUGCACUUUUUUCCCUGCAACAAUAAGAUACGCAAGAAAUUGAAAUUUUUGUGAACAAAGUUUCCAUUUAAUACACAUUUGAGCUGAUCAAUUGAAGUAUGGAAUAUGCGACUCUCACUUAUAGAGCUAUAUGUCUAUAUCUAUGUGCAGUCUUUUACAUUCAUUAAAAAUUAAGGUUACUUAGAAUAACUUAUUACCUUCAUCAGGCCCAUUGCAAGAGGAGAAAUAUUUGGGAAUUUUGACUCCAGAGGUUCCUGCAAAACAAAAAUACACGUCGUCAUCUCUUCAUUCUGUACUAGUGCAGAAAAGAUAAAUGUAUAUGUCUGCACUAAUCUAUAAUGUGUAGAGAAAACAAAAAACAAAAAGAUAACACACACUCGCUUACCAUAUUUUGUGGAUCUGGGAUGCUGACACCACUGAAGAACUGGUUUGUACUGAAUACCUGCUGGUGUCUGGGAAUCAGGUCACCUGAAGCCAGAUAAAAUUAUAAAUAUAUAUAUAUUUAAUUACGGUAAGCUAGUAUUAUUCUGCAUAUUUUAAGGUUACACUAUAUAUUAGAUAAACAUACUUAGCCAACUACAUAUUUGCAAGUCAUAUAUAGACCUGCCACUCACGGGUUUACCUUAUUAGUUGUACCAUUAAAAGCACGAGAAAUAAACUAUAAAAUAAUGCAUUUUACAAAUGAUAAUGCUAGGAAAAAACUGAACAGAUUUAUAGCUUGGAGGAAAGACGAGACAGGGGGGAUAUGAUAGAAACAUUUAAAUACAUAAAGGGAAUCAAUACAGUAAAGGAGGAGAGCACAUUUAAAAGAAGAAAAACUACCAAAACGAGAGGAGGGAGUUUAAGCAUGCGUGGGAUAGGUAUAAAGCUAUGCUAGAUAUAAGAUAAGACCAGGGACUAAUGAAAGCAUUUCGAGAAUUCAGCAGACUAGAUGGGCCGAAUGGUUCUUAUCUGCCGUCGCAAUCUAUGUUGAUCAUGUUAGCCAUCAAUAAGUUAUUCAAGGUUACCCACCCAGGCUUUGCCUAAUAAGGUACAGUUGAUCUACGUCAGAUUUCCCAGGCCAAAGGGGAACUCCAGAUAAUAGUUCGGCAAAGACGCAACCAAUAGCCCAAACGUCCACUGGGGGACCAUACUGCGUGUCUCCCACCAGCAGCUCUGGAGAGCGGUACCAUCGAGUAGCCACGUAAUCCGUGUAAUAGUCAGAAGGUCCAGCUGUAACGUCAAGAAUAAAGUCCUGUAAAACUGAACAGAUCUUCACACGAAUAAUCAUAAGCAGAACACAAAUGUGUCCUAUUUAAAAUAAGACGGUAUGCUUCUGCAAGGUGCUACCGUUAGCUCCACUGAACUAAACCCUAGUUAAACAUUUAUUUUCAUAAUACCUCAGUACCUGGGUUUCGGUGUUUUGUUUCUUUUUGUUUGUUUUUUGAGGGGAUAAGACUAUUUUUUACAUAAGUAAUAAUGUAGUGACAGCUACUAAAAACAUAAAUAAAACAAACACAAAAAUAAAAUUUUACCGUAGCUGGAUUAAAAAUGAUUAAUUUUAAAUAUGACUGAUCUUUAGUAUCGCUUUUAAUGUCCAAAAUAAUUAUGUAAAAAUACAUCCUUAGCAUUACUAGCGUUGUAGUAAUAGUUGCUGCAAUUAUUAUUAAAACAAAAACACAAAGAACAUUUUGAUGUUUCUGGAUUGACCCUUUAUCAAUCACGAUAUGAAAUGUUUAACUCAGGGCUCAACAAAUCCCAGGCGCCAGGUCACCAUAGCGACUAAAAAUUGGGAUGUGUCAACUUUUUAUCUAAAACGCCUGGCUGGGGAAAUAAUGGAGCCGUCCGUCCACCGGCAGGAGCAUGUAGGCGGCCAGCUGAGUGAGAGUUGUAGCCGUUGCCCUGAGUUUCAUGGAGGCGGCCGGCUGAGGGAGCGUUGUAGCCAGCCACCCUGGACUUUAUGGAGACGGCCGGCUCAGUGGAGCAUCAAGGCGGUCGGCGGGGGCAGCGUGCGAGGGAGCAGCUCCUCUCUGCUCCCUCGAGCUGUUUAAUGAUGGCGGGAGCCGGAAUAUGACGUCAUUCCGGCCCCGGCAUCACAGGGAGCUGCAUGGUAGAUUACUGCUCCCUCGCACACAGGAAGAGAGAGCAGCCCCACUAGACCCCAGGGAACGUCCACUCAGCUCUCCCAAAAGGUAGGGAGGCUGGGUGGAUAAAAAUAUAAAAAUAAAAUAAAUUAAAAUUUGUGUUAGAGAAAGUGUAUGUGUGUAUGUCAAUGUGUGUGUGUAUUUCCCUGUCAGUGUGUGUGUGUAUGUGUGUGUGUGUAUGUGUGUCAGAGAGUGUGUGUCUAUUUAGGUACCUGCGAUCACGAUUGGUGUUUUUACUCACCCUUUUUUUCCCCCCACUCUGUGCAGGUUUUGCCGUGGCUUGUCCCACCUCCAUUGCCGAGUUCAUCAAUAUUUUUGAUCUCAGCUAAGCCAAUGCUUUCCCAUAGGAGGAUAUUGCUCAUGUUCUGUAUGGGUAACAUUCAGCGCGUCCAUGCAGAGCACUGACAAAGGACUCUCUAGUGGCCGUCUGAGUGACAGCCACUAGAAGUCUUAGUAGGCAGCAAUGUAAAUUUACAUUGAAAAGGCUACAGGGACAGGCUAUAGGCACCAGAACCACUACAUUAAGCUUUAGUGGUUCUGGUGACUGUAGUGCCCCUUUUAAAAAAAAAAAAAAAAACUGGCUCCUUACUUUUUUAGCUGGCUCCUAGAUUCCAAACAAAUUUGUGAAGCCCUGGUUUAACUUAUCUAGCACUUGCACUUCUAUAAAAUCCUAAAUUCAUUCAAUGAACGGGACAUUCCGUUUUGAUAACUCCUUAAGGAUGAAUGAUGUUAUUAAUCUGUCAUUUGGCAUCGUACCAGCAGGGACUGUUUCCCUGCCGGUUACUAGGGGAACCUCUAUCAGCUGGGGAAAUUAAAGGAAUAGCCCCGUGCUGAAUUAUGAGCCGUGUACAGCGCUAAAAGUGACUUGGUGUUUGUGGUUGGGGUUAUGGUUACAGUUAGUUGUUGAUGUUAGUAUUCAUGUUAAGAGAGAAGCAUUGGGGUUAUAAUGUCAUGCCUAAUGGGUUAAUGUCAGCAUUGUCAACAAAGACCCAUCUUCACUAUUCUCUUUUCUUUUUUUAAACUGCAACCGGCAGGUAACUAAUUUGUCCCUUUAUCUUUGCAUACACUGUGCAAAGGUAUGCAUAGGAUGUUUUGUGCUCAGGUGAUAUAGCGGAGUAUGGGAAAGCAUUAGAUUGGCUGAGAUCGUCAAGAGUGAUGAUCUAUACCAUGGAGGCGGGGCCAGCCAUCGCAAAACCAGUGCAGUGACGGAGAAAAGGUAAGUAGAGUUACCUUUUAUCUCCAAUGUGAGGGGGAUGGGAACCUAAAUAUGCAGUCCAACACUAUAGUGUUAGGAAUACAUGUUUGUUAUUCUAAUAUUAUAGUGUUCCUUUAAACUGAAAUCCUAGACAUAUGAUGUACUCUAUAAAUCAGACAAGUAAAUGAAUGUAGUUUGUACACAUAAUUAUUGCCCAAAAAAACUGUUUGAGAAAAUAUACCUUUCUUUGCAUUGCUUUGUAUUUUUUUUUUUUUUUUUACACAAUAAAUUAGAAUUUAUAUACUGUAUGUAUAAAUCCCAUUGUACAGUGCUGCAGAAUUUUUGGAGCUUUAUAAAUAAUAAUAAGUAUAUAUGACAUCAAGUUAAUGUCCUUUUUGUCCUUUAAAAACGGUAUAUAAUGUGUAUUGAUGCAGUAAAUGAGAAAGAUGGAACUUGUGUCAAAAUAGUUUAUGUCCUUAAGUACAAAAUAAACAAACUAACACUGUCCCUCAGGGGAUAGAGGGCCUUUUAAGCGGUUUUGUUUUGAUGGAAUUGUUGAGUCAUUGGUACCUAGUGCUGAUAGUGCCUCGUUAGUGCAGACAUAGAUUCUGCCAUACAAAGUAACCGUGUGUAAUGUACCUGUCCCUUGUGAUACCUACUCAGUAUUCUGGCAAAUCCGAAGUCACACAGUUUAAUGACGAAAUGUUUGGUUAUGAGAAUAUUCUCCGGCUUUACGUCCCGGUGGAUACACUGUGGAAAUAAGGAGACAGUCACUUUAAUGCUAGAGUUCGAUACUCUGGCCGAAGUGUUGCAACAGGACAAUACAUGUGUUGGCGAACCAUCUAGUCUAAAACAGAAGCGCACGUUAUUCACUUAUGGGUUAAAGGAACAUUACAGGUAUUAUAAUAACUACAGCCUGCAGUGGCGGUUAUGGUGCCAGAAUAAGCGUCCCUUGCUUUGAAACGUGUUACAAUUGCAACCCACAUUUCCUUAAAUAGAAUUGAUAAAGAGAGCAGGGUCAUAUUCCAUAUAAUCCAUUUAUUUACAUUAUAUUUCAAUAUAUUGAUAGCAAAAUUGAAGUCUGAAACACCAAUACUUGAAUUAAAAUGAUCUAAGACUGUAUGUCUAGGGACAGAAUAAUGAUGAAACCCAAGAGACUAAUUUAGCUACCAAUGCUAAUUGGUUAUAAUUGGUCGUCUGUUUGGCUGCUAAACUGAUUUAGGACUGAGAUAAAAAGCAGUCAGUUGUGAUAGCUACAGGGCAGGAUGGAGCAAUUGGAUAAAGAAUCCAGAAAAUCUGGUUGUAGGAAAUUGUGACUCCAAUAACUACCAAUCAGUGGCGUACUAAGGGGGGGGCGGUCGGUCCGCCCCGGGUGCACCAGGGUGGGGGGUGCCAUGACCAGCCCCCCCAUGCUGCAGCCGCCCGAGCGCUCUGUAGAGAGCCUCAGGCGGCUGCAGCUUUGCCCGGGCGGUGCGUCCAUGAGGGCGGACCGCACCGCCCGGGCGCAGCCUGAGGAGAGGGGCUGACAGGAGGGAAGCGCUCAGCGCUCCCUCCUGUCACUCCCUCUAUGUAGCGUGGCCGAGCCCAGUAUAGCCGGCGGGUACAGGGAGCAGCUGUCUCCUGUACCCGGCCGGACUAACAGGAAGUGCACACAAUGUGUGCACUUCCUAUUAGUCCGGCCGGGUACAGAGACAAUAGCGUUCCCUGUACCACUGCCACUGGCCUCGCCACGCCACAGCAAAGGUAGGGGGUGAGAGAAGAGAAAUGAGGGAGGGGGGUGAGAAAGAAGAUGUUUGCGAGAAGAAGAUAAAUGAGGGGGGGGUGAGAAAGAAGAUGUCGAGGGGGGUGAGAAAGAAGAUAAAAUGAGGGGGGUAAGGAGAAAGAAGAUAAAAUGAGGGGGGGGGUGAGAAAGAAGAUAAAUGAGGGGGGUGAGAAAGAUAAAUGAGGGGAGAAAGAAGAUAAAAUGAGGGGGUGAGAAAGAAGAUAAACGAGGGGGGUGAGAAAGAAGAUAAAUGAGGGGGGGUGAGAAAGAAGAUAAAAUGAGGGGGGUGAGAGAAGAUAAAUGAGGGGGGUGAGAAAGAAGAUAAAAUGGGGGUGGGAGAAAGAAGAUAAAUGGGGGGUGGAGAAAGCAAGAGAAAUGGGGGUGAGAAAUAAGAGAAAUGAGGGGUGGAGAAAGAAGAGAAAUGAGGGGUGAGAAAGAAGAGAAAUGAGGGGGGUGAGAAAGAGGAGAAAGGAGGGGGGUGAGAAAGAGGAGAAAGGAGGGGGGGUGAGAAAGAGGAGAAAGGAGGGGGUGAGAGAAAGGAGGGGAUGGAUAUUAAUUGCGGGGUGUAUUAAUUAAGGGGGAUGGAUUAAUUAUGGGGGGUGGAUUAAUUAGUGUGGAUUAAUUAUGGGGGGUGGAUUAAUUAGUGCGGAUUAAUUAAGGGUGUGUGUAUCAAUUAAGGGGGGUGGAUUAAUUAAGGGUGUGUGGAUGAAUUAGUGUGGAUUAAUGGAUGAAUUAGUGUGGAUUAAUUAAGGGGUAUGGAUUAAUUAAGGAGUGUGGAUUAAUUAAAGAAAACCUUUAACAUUUUUUACAGGGUUUUUUUUUUUUUUGGGGGGGGCGUUUUAAUAAAUUGCAUGUAGGAACCCACAAAUUGUGAUUGUCAAAUGCUUUCGAAAAUAUGUGUAGUCACCCUGAAACCAAAGGAAUCUUUUGUAAAGUGUCAACACUGACCAAUCGAGUGUCCUAUACUAUAGAACAAUAUUUUGCUGGUCCUUACAGUGGCCGGAUUUAAAGUAUGAAAGUAUCGAUUACAGUCGACACGGGGAGCAAAGAGUAGGUAGCCAGGCUGAUUUCAAGGAGUAGAGAAAACAAUAAUUAAAGCCAAGGUCAGGGAUUCCAGAAGUCAGAAACACAGCCAAGUCUAAACCAGAUAAAACACACAAAAAGUCAAAACAAAAUGCACUCUCUGGAAACGAAGACUACAACAGGUUUACCACAAGUUAAAAUGCACUCUCUGAUAAUGGAUACCACUACAGGACACAGAUGAAUAGCUAGUGUGGCUUUAAAUAACACCCAGUCCAUUAUGAUUGGUCUGCGUAAAAAAUAAUGCACAAAUUUGUAAGACCAAUGUCGCUGUGACAGUGUAUAGAAACAUAGAAUGUGACGGCAGAUAAGAACCAUUCGGCCCAUCUAGUCUGCCCAAUUUUCUAAACACUUUCAUUAGCCCUGGCCUUAUCUUAUAUAUAGGAUAGCCUUAUUUUAAACCUUUGCCCCUUAAUUUAAGACUAUGUCCUCUUGUUGUGGUAGUUUUUCUUCUUUUAAAUAUAGUCUCCUCCUUUACUGUGUUGAUUCCCUUUAUGUAUUUAAAUGUUUCUAUCAUAUCCCCCCGUCUCGUCUUUCCUCCAAGCUAGAUCCUUUAACCUUUCCUUGUACUUUUUAUCCUGUAAUCCAUGAACCAGUUAAGUAGCCCUUCUCUGAACUCUCUCUAAAGUAUUAAUAUACUUCUGGAGAUACGGUCUACUGUGUACAAGAUAGGUCUUACCGGUGUCUUUCCAAUGGCAUGAGCACUUCCCUCUUUCUAGUGCUAAUACCUCUCCCUAUACAACCAAGCAUUCUGCUAGCAUUUCCUGCUGCUCUGUUACAUUGCCUGCCUACCUUUAAGUCAUCAGAAAUAAUCACCCCUACAUCUGUUUCCUCAGUUGAGGUUAGGACUCUAUCAAAUAUUCUGUACUCUGCCCUUGGGUUUUUAUAUUCAAGAUGCAUUAUCUUGUACUUAUCCAACUCUGAACAUUUUUCUAGUUUACCUAAAUCAUUUGCCAUUUGGCUUAUCCCUCCUGGAACAUCGUGAAAAUCGCAGUGAGAAGCACGGAAGCGCCUCUAGCGGCUGUCAAUGAGACAGCCACUAGAGGCUGGAUUAACCCAUAUGCAAACACAGCAGUUUCUCUGAAACUGCAAUGUUUACAGCAGGCAGGGUUAACCCUAGAUGGACCUGGCACCCAGACCACCUUAUUAAGCUGAAGUGGUCUGGGUGCCUAUAGUGGCCCUUUAAGUAAUUGUCAUGUGAAGCCGCAGGGAUGUUAUCCUGACACCAUAACCACAUUAAUAAGCUGAAAUGGUUAGGAUGCUUAAAGGAGCACUAUAGUGCCAGGAAGACAGGUCCCCCCCACCCUCAGGGCCCCCCUCCUGUUGGGAUGAAGGAGUUAAAACUUUCUCCAGUGCCGGGCUCCCCCUAUGCUGGGGAACUCUCCACUCCCUGCCGACGUCAGAUCCAAAUGCGCAUGCGCGGCAAGAGCUACGCGCGCAUUCAAACAGCCCAUAUGAAAGCAUUAUGGACAUCCAGCAUCUUCUCACUGUGAUUUUCACAGUGAGAAUCAGGGAAGCGCCUCUAGCGGCUGUCAGUGAGACAGCCCCUAGAGCUUGGAUUAACCCUCAGUGAAACAUAGCAGUUUCUCUGAAACUGCUAUGUUUUCAGCUGCAGGGUUAAAACUGGAGGGACCUGGCACCAAGACCAUUUCAUUGAGCUGAAGUGGCCUGGGUGCCUAAAGUGGUCCUUUAAGGUGUUCCUACAUACUGUACAAUCAAAGAGGAGAGGUUUAUUUUGCCCAUAAAAUAGAAUUCAUUGGGUAAUAUUACAACAGUAUGGAAUUAUUGGAUGUAGUUUGAGAUUUUGCUUGGGAUUAGUGUACAAACUGUGCUAUAUACUCACAUUGUGCCUGUGACAGAAGUUUACUGCUUGUAGAGUUUGCCAAAUAAUGCUUUUUACAAGAUGUUCCGGAACCCUGCAAGGAAAGCACAGAUAGUUGAAGACUUACACCACUCGGAAAAAAACAAAAAACACCUAAACUACAUGGUGGUCAUUAGCCCCUAAAAAAACACCUAAACUACAUGGUGGUCAUUAGCACAUAGCAAUUUAAGAAUACAUGCAUUAAGAACUUUAAGUAAGUGCUACUGCCAAAGAACACCCCAUCUCCUGAGUUCAGUGAUACCCCCCAUGAAUUUUCACAUAUGGUCAUCAUGCACCCAUGUCUCAUUUGGGACAUUGAAGCCGGGCCAAUGUAAUUUACCCCCAUCAAACCAUAUCUUUUUGAAAAGUAGACACCCUAGGGUAUUUCAAAUGGUGGAAUUUUAACACAUUCCAUGCACUAAUUAUACCACGAGUCUUUGUCAAACUUUUGAGUAGACAUUUUCUUGUGUUUUUUUUCUCUCACAUUGUACUUUGGAUUCUCAGCUCCUGUUAUGUGUUACUGACAAAGAACACCCCGAUAUGUGUUCAGCCACAUCUCCGGUGUACAGUGAUACCACCCAUGUAAUGGUGUGUCAGGUUCUCUGAGGGCUAAAAUACCUUAUUUGGAGGGUACGCAUUCCAGUUUUCCAACUUGGGAUUUUCACAGCUGGCUAUCAUGCACCCAUGUCCUAUUUGGGAAAUUUUUGAAGCCUGCCAAUGUAAUUUACUCCCACCUUAGCAACCUCUCCUGAGUACAACAGUGCCCCCAAUGUACAGGUUUUAUGGGUUUUUGCAAACUUACAGGGGUCAAAUGUAGGGCUUUCCCCUUUUCCAUGUUUGUACAAUGAAAUUUGCCAGAUUGGUUUGCUGGGCCUAUGUUGCCUUUGAGACCAUAUGGCAGCCCAGGAAUGAAAAUAACCACAUCAUGGCAUACCAUUUGUAAAAGUAGAUGAUAUUAUCAGUGCAAUACAUUUUACUGCUCUAAAACACAAAUAUUUGUGUAGAGUAAUGUCUCACAAGUACAACAGUACCCCUCAAGUACAGGUUUUAUGGUGAUUUGGAAAGUUACAGGGUCAAACAUAAGAUUUGCCAAAUUCUGUUUUAGUAAAUUGCUAUUUGCUAUGUUGCCUUUGAGACGGUAUGGCAGCCAAGAAAUGAAAAUUAACCCCACCAAGUCAUACCAUUUGAAAAAGUAGACAACCCAGGCUAUUCCAAAUGGGGUAUUUCCAGUCUUUUGUAGUUUAAAAAAAAAAAAUUUAAACCAAAACUACACUUUUACUGGUGAUAUCGUCGUGAUAAGUUUUACUCAUAUUUGUGGUCAGCGAAGUCUCCCAAGUAUAACAAUACCGCCCAUGUAAAGGUUUUAUGGUGUUUUGGAAAGUUACAGGGUUAAAUAUAGGGCUUGCCAAUUAAAUUCUCUGGACAGUCUGCCUGGGUUGUCAGGCAGGUCCCUCAAAUUAUAAUUAAUAAAAUCAAAUAAUUAAGUAGUUAAUACUUAAAUACAUAUGUAGAAUGUGUGUGUAUAUAUAUAUAUAUAUAUAUAUAUAUGUGUGUAUAUAAUACAUGUGUGUGUGUGUGUUUAUAUAUAUAUAUAUAUAUAUAUAUAUAUAUAUAUCCCCUGCAGGCACUGCACAAGCCGAAUAUUAUGUGAGGGCCGGAUCGGGCAGUGGGGGUCUGCCUGAGCUCCCAGGCAGACCCCAGGAUUGCGAUUGCAGGCGGGUGAUCACCAGCGAUCAUGUAAGUGGCGAUUUAGUAAAUGACGUACCAGGUAUGUCUGCGGUCAUUAACGACCGUUUUUUGGCGGAAGAGGUUAAAACGUACCUUAUUUCCAGUGCCAUGCAGGUCCGCCGACGCUGGCCCCACCCCCAGUCUGCCUCCUUGGUGACAUCAGAAUGUACGAUUUUUAGCCAAUUCCUAUGGGAAAGCAUUAGGUUGGCUGAAAUCAGAAUGGGGGCAGGGCCAAACACCAGUUUGGCCAAUCAGCACCUCCUCAUAGAGACGCAUUGAAUCAAUGCAUCUCUAUGAGGAAAAUUCAGCAUCUCCAUGCAGAGUGUGGAGAUGCUGAACAGCAGUCCGGCACACUGUGCAGCACUGCCCCAGGAAGCACCUCCAGUGGCCCUCUGAGGAGUUGCCACUGGAGGUGUCCCUAGGGGGCAAUGUAAACACUGACCUUUCUCUGAAAUGGAUGAAAAUGCAUGCAGUGAAUGAUUAUACUCACCAGAACAAAUACAUUUAGCUGUAGUUGUUCUGGUGACUAUAGAGUCCCUUUAAAAUAAAAUAACAGAAAACAGGAAAAAUCUUAAGGCACUCGUUUCGACCUACUAAGAGGUCUUUAUGAAGCUUGAUAAAGACCUCUUAGUAGGUCGAAACAUUGCUUUGCCUUCUUUUUUUUUUUAAUUUCUUUAUUUUUGAGUCGACACUGAAUGCGGCAUAGCAAAAUACAGCGGCUCACGCAGGGGCCGAUUACAAGGCAGUUUUACUUGGCAUACAACAGUGGUUAAAUGUUUUAUAGGUUAGGAGACAUUGUUUUUUUGCCGCUCUGUGUCGGUUUCAAUAUUGGGGGGCAGUUCUUGCCCGUACAUGAAAUACAAAAAACACAACAGUGCAACACAAUAAAGUAAUAUACAAUAACCUCUGAGUGUUUAAUACAGAUUUCACAGCGCUUUCCAACCGACUCACAUUGGGUACAUAGAGUCUAUUUUCGCUGUUCUGCGUGGAGCAGUACUGAUUUGUGUGAUGUCGGUUAUGUGCUCUGGGCAAUGUCGUGAAUCCGUCGGCGUCGUGUCAUGGUGGGUUUGCUAUCGUUUUAGGGUUGUGUCCGUCGGUUACUGCCAUGGUCGCCCCGUCCUAUGGGCCAUCCCAAGUCGGGGUCUGGUUUGGUCGCGGAUAACGGUGCCCUGUCAUAUUUUCUUGUGGCCGUGGGGAGCUUCGUAGAGAAGCCAUAGUGACGGGUCGUGCGUUGUCAGUGGUCACUGUGCUGUACUUUUAAGCCGUUAUACCACUUUGUAGAUGUAGUGUAACUUGUUGGUUUGGUGUUUGUGUGGGUUCUACCUGGUGUCUGAUUGGUAGUAUUUUAGGGCUUUAUAUGUAGCGUUUACUGUCAUCCCCCAAUCUCCCUGUCUACAGGUGGAGGGGGGAGCUGAGAAAAAUAAAAGGGGGGGAGGGGAGGGAUGGGGAACGCUGUUCGAUGGGGCGUGCGGUGGAUCCAGGCCCUUCCAAGGCCUCUGUCUUUGUCCUGCUUAUGUAAGUUUAGUCGUCGAGAUAGUCUUCCCAAGGUUGCAAUAUUUUAUGAAAUGAUUUCUCUGUGUUCCUAAUUUGGGCUGUGAGUUUGUCCAUCAAAUGUGUAUCUUUAACUUUAACUGUGGGUAACGUGGGCUUAAGCCACGCCUGGGCUAGAGCCCUUCUGGCCGCUAGUGUGAUUUUAUUGUAGAGCUGUUGUUCUUUUCUGGGGAGGCCGUCUAUGGGCUUGGACAGUAGGACCGACCAUGGGUCUAGAUCUAUACGUUUCUUCAGCACGUCAGUUAGUAGUGUCUGUAUGCGCUUCCAGUAUUUGUUUAGUUCUGGGCAUUCCCACCACAUGUGCACAAAGGUGCCUUUACCUCCACAGCCCUUCCAACAUGUGUCUGUCGUGAUUUUCCCCAUUCUGUGUAGCUGCACAGGUGUAGUGUACCACCUCAUGAGCAUUUUAUAUGACUGUUCUUGGUGUAGUACACAGAUUGAGGUUUUAGCUGUCGCCUCCCAAAUGUCCACCCAGUCCUCUCCUUCCAAUGUCACCCCCAGGUCCGCCUCCCAUUGGCCAAUGUAUCGUGGGUCUUUAGCGUCUUUAGCUGGGGCGCUGAGUUGUGCGUAUAUACAGGGAGUGCAGAAUUAUUAGGCAAGUUGUAUUUUUGAGGAUUAAUUUUAUUAUUGAACAACAACCAUGUUCUCAAUGAACCCAAAAAACUCAUUAAUAUCAAAGCUGAAUAUUUUUGGAAGUAGUUUUUAGUUUGUUUUUAGUUAUAGCUAUGUUAGGGGGAUAUCUGUGUGUGCAGGUGACUAUUACUGUGCAUAAUUAUUAGGCAACUUAACAAAAAACAAAUAUAUACCCAUUUCAAUUAUUUAUUAUUACCAGUGAAACCAAUAUAACAUCUCAACAUUCACAAAUAUACAUUUCUGACAUUCAAAAACAAAACAAAAACAAAUCAGUGACCAAUAUAGCCACCUUUCUUUGCAAGGACACUCAAAAGCCUGCCAUCCAUGGAUUCUGUCAGUGUUUUGAUCUGUUCACCAUCAACAUUGCGUGCAGCAGCAACCACAGCCUCCCAGACACUGUUCAGAGAGGUGUACUGUUUUCCCUCCUUGUAAAUCUCACAUUUGAUGAUGGACCACAGGUUCUCAAUGGGGUUCAGAUCAGGUGAACAAGGAGGCCAUGUCAUUAGAUUUUCUUCUUUUAUACCCUUUCUUGCCAGCCACGCUGUGGAGUACUUGGACGCGUGUGAUGGAGCAUUGUCCUGCAUGAAAAUCAUGUUUUUCUUGAAGGAUGCAGACUUCUUCCUGUACCACUGCUUGAAGAAGGUGUCUUCCAGGAACUGGCAGUAGGACUGGGAGUUGAGCUUGACUCCAUCCUCAACCCGAAAAGGCCCCACAAGCUCAUCUUUGAUGAUACCAGCCCAAACCAGUACUCCACCUCCACCUUGCUGGCGUCUGAGUCGGACUGGAGCUCUCUGCCCUUUACCAAUCCAGCCACGGGCCCAUCCAUCUGGCCCAUCAAGACUCACUCUCAUUUCAUCAGUCCAUAAAACCUUAGAAAAAUCAGUCUUGAGAUAUUUCUUGGCUCAGUCUUGACGUUUCAGCUUGUGUGUCUUGUUCAGUGGUGGUCGUCUUUCAGCCUUUCUUACCUUGGCCAUGUCUCUGAGUAUUGCACACCUUGUGCUUUUGGGCACUCCAGUGAUGUUGCAGCUCUGAAAUAUGGCCAAACUGGUGGCAAGUGGCAUCGUGGCAGCUGCACGCUUGACUUUUCUCAGUUCAUGGGCAGUUAUUUUGCGCCUUGGUUUUUCCACACGCUUCUUGCGACCCUGUUGACUAUUUUGAAUGAAACGCUUGAUUGUUCGAUGAUCACGCUUCAGAAGCUUUGCAAUUUUAAGAGUGCUGCAUCCCUCUGCAAGAUAUCUCACUAUUUUUGACUUUUCUGAGCCUGUCAAGUCCUUCUUUUGACCCAUUUUGCCAAAGGAAAGGAAGUUGCCUAAUAAUUAUGCACACCUGAUAUAGGGUGUUGAUGUCAUUAGACCACACCCCUUCUCAUUACAGAGAUGCACAUCACCUAAUAUGCUUAAUUGGUAGUAGGCUUUCGAGCCUAUACAGCUUGGAGUAAGACAACAUGCAUAAAGAGGAUGAUGUGGUCAAAAUACUCAUUUGCCUAAUAAUUCUGCACUCCCUGUAGUGGUUAUUAAGCCCUUUUGUACGGUUUCGGCGUUACAUAAUUGUUCAUAGAACGUCAUUGGGGUGUGGGCAGCUUUUUUGACCUCCGGGGUUUUGGCGAAGUCUCGUAGUUGGAUAUGGCGAAAUACAUCUUUUGUGGUCAGGGGCGCUAAGGUUUUCAGGCUAUCGAACGUUCUGAAGGAGUCCCCCUCAUACAUAUGGCCAUACCUCUGCAUCCCCGUACUCUCUAUGCCUCUAAAGUCUUGUGCGCUCAGCCCGAUUGCUUUGCCUUCUUGAUCCAAUAAAUCUGCCCGUGGCUUUAAUUCCGUGAGUGCCUGAAGUUUUUCCCUGUUUUCUGUUAUACGUGUUUUUGGAUUUGCUGGUCCUGCUUGCGUGCACAUGGUUUUAAGUGGAUUUGAGUGCAGUUCCUUUUUUCUCUUUCAUAUUAAAAUAAAUUAAAAUAAAUACAUUUUAAAAAGCUGUUCAAUUGUGUAUAAUAAUAAUUUAGUAUAAUAAUUGAGGUGUGAGCUAAUUGGCCAAAUUUCUGAAAAUUUCCUUGUUCUUUGACAUCGAUUUUUUUUUUUCCAGUAACUAUCUUUAGG